ACUCUAAAUAAAAUUUUUAUUAAAUGGCGGCAUUCAUGUUUUCAAUCUGCGUUGUGUAUAAUUAUAAACAGUUAUUUCAACGAAAAUAAACCAGUGUUAGCAUUAAAAUUAAAAUCAUAUUCAUAAUAUGAAUAUGAGUCAGAAUUGUCUUAACGCAAAUGGUAAGACGCCUUAGAAUAACUCACUCACUUUUAGUCUUAGUGGAACGGUAGGCACUAGCCUCCGCCUCCACUCACUUCUCAAUUAAUUAAUAAUUUAUUAAUAAUUAUUGUUAAAUUACCUUUUACGAUUUAAAGUAAACUUAACAAAGUAUUCUUAUUUAUUUUUUACUUUAGUCUUUAUUGAAUUCAACUUUACUUCUUUACUUUUACUUAACAGCGUGACUUGCUAUAGGGCUAUAACAAUUCGUCACUCUAGUCCUAGUCUUUUAUUUACUUUUUAUUCAUCAGAUUUACUUUUAAAAUUUAAUUAAAAUACCCAUGUUAUGUGAGUGAGGAAGAAUUUUCUAACUACCGUAUAUACUCAUAUAUAAGCCGAGGUAAUCCCUUAUUUUAGUGCGUUUUAUCAUUUCUACAGAAAUAAAAUUAAAAAUAAUAAAACGCACUAAAAUAAGGGAUUACCAAAAGCCGAAUUUAGAACUUAUAAAAUACAAUACUGAAAUCAGGAGGUCGGCUUUUAUGCGCAUAAAACAAAAUGGACACAAGGAAAGACACUAAUGCCAAUUUUCCAGCCACACAUUUUCAUCGCUAUCUGACUCUUUAUUUAUAAUUUUUUCUAAAUAUAUACUUCGUUAAUCAUUAGUUGUGAACAACUUAUGAGCGGAAGUUCAGAUAUUAUUAUAGCAAACAAUGUGGAAAGAGCAGAACACGUUUUUGUGUCAUUCCAAAAGGUAAACAAACUGGUAUGUAACAUAAAAGUAAGCAUUUUACAUCUUUACAGUAACAAAUUUCUAUGAACCAAAAAUAUGGAGUAAAAUUAGACAAUUGUAUGGUCGGCUUAUAUGCGGGUUUUUGCAAAAACUGGCCAUUUUAAAGCAGUUUUAGGAGGUUUGCUUAUAUGCGAUGUAGGCUUAUAUGCGAGUAUGUACGGUAACUUUCCAUCUUUUUUGAAUUCGGUUUGAGUUUGGUGGGUGAUGAUGGUAGGCUAUAGCCUACUUUAAUGACUUUAUUAAAGUUUAUUUUGAAAUUAUCCAUUUUAAAAUGUAUUUUACACUACUUUACAAGGCUUCUGCGAGUAUUUAUAAUAUUAUUUAUUGUGAUUUUUUAUCAAAAUGGCGACCUCCACUUUUAAAUUUGACCAGCAUGCACAUUCUAUUUCCAACCACAUCUUUGAGUAGACUAAGUGUUUUUUCAUUUGACGCUUUAGGCCAGGGGUGGCCAACAUGAGGCCCGUUGGCUGGCAGGGAGUAAUGUUGCGGCCAGCGGUGCUAUGGUCAAAUGAACAUAACUUUAUUGUACAUAUCACCAAAAGAACAUUACAUCAUGAGUUGUUCAUAUCAUAUAUUUUAAAAUUAUAGCUAAGAGAAAUUUGAAAUAUCUCACAUUUUUUGGAAAAAUUAAUUGGUUUUGAGCUAUUUUAAAUAUCAUGCAUUUUUGGAAAAUUAAUAGAUUUUAGCUAUUUCAAAUUUCCCUCUUUUUGACACUUAAGGUUACUUAGUUUUUUUUCUGAUGCUAGGUGUUGAUAAAAUUUAAUAUGAGACUAUAACUUCUGAUAUAUAUGUUCUGUGGUCGUCGGCGUCUUCGGGAGGCUCGCAACGCUAUCGGACUCACACUCAUAACUACUUUUAGUCCAGUUUGACAAAGUUCCGUGUUAUUCUGUAGUUUCGUUAUAUUGUCGCCACUGCAUCUGGAGAGAUUUUGCGAUCGAGGUUAAAAUGCAUAUUUGUAAUAAGAGUUCAAACUACUUUAACCAUGAAUACUGUCUACCAUAUCGAUUCUAUAGGUAAGUUUUCAAGAAAGGUGGACUAUAAACUUUUUUGUGGUAAUUAAAACAAAGCCCACAUGCUUGAUAUGCAACGAUGUUGUGUCUGUUUUGAAAGAGUAUAACAUCAAACGGCACUACAAGACUAAACAUGCAAAUAAGUUUUAUAAGUGCAAAGGGAAAUUUCAAAAAGACCAAGUGAAUGACUUUAAAAAAAAAAAAAUUCAGCACAACAAAAUAUAUUUACUAGAGCGGGUUCAGAGUCAACAUGCUAUGUAAAAGCUAUUUAUGCACUAGCCAUGAUACUAGCAAAAAAAUCAAAGCCAUUACAUUCAGAUGGUGAAAUGGUUAAGGAAUGUUUGGAGAGCGUCGUUGAAAUUAUGUGUCCAGAAAAGAAGACUUUCUUAAAAAUAAAUCUGUCUCAUCAGACUAUUACUAGGCAUGUGGACAAGAUUGGAAAACAUAUUGAAGAUAAUUUGAAAAGUCGAGCAUCCGAGUUUAUAUUUUAUUCUCUAGCAUUGGAUGAAAGCACAGAUAUGGCAGAUACUCCCCAACUGGCAAUUUUUAUCUGGGGUGUUGAUACCGGUAUUCAUUUUAAAAAGACAGAAAAAUUAACGGCCCUGUAUCCAUUUAAGGGCACUACUAAGUCACAAGAUUUGUUAGAGGCAGCAAAAUUGACCUUGAAUCGCUUUUCGUUACAACUUUACAAUGUAUCGGGCUUAACAACGGAUGGUGCUCCAGCAAUUGUUGUGAAAUACAAAGGUUAGUAAAAUUAAUGGAAAAUGAGGCCUCCAAAGUCGGUAAUGCUUCAAUGCUAAAUUUUCAUUGGAUCAUUCAUCAGGCUAAUUUAUAUUUGAAGUCUCUCAAAAUGGACAAUGUCAUGAAAGUGGUCGUCAAAAUAGUGAUCUUCAUUAAGUCAAAUGGGUUGAAUCACCGUCAGUUCCAAGAAUUUCUAUAGUCAGAUUAUAAUGAUGUUACAUUUUAAGCAGAAGUAAGAUGGCUUACCCGUAACAAAAUGUUUGAGUGUUUGAUUUGCAGCAAGAAAUACAAUCAUUCUUUGCAAGCAGGUUAAUUAGUAUCCUUGAGUUUAAAGACAAAGAGUGGGUUUGUGACUUUGCAUUUCUGGUCAAUAUAACUAGCCAUUUAAAUGAUAUUAAUACUUGUCUACAAAGAAAAAUCAAUUAAUUUAUAAGAUUUAUGAUCAUAUUUCUGCAUUUCAAAUGAAAUCGGUCUGUGGGAACAUCAGUUAAGGACAAAAACUUUACUCCCUUUCCUACAUUGUCAUUACAACCAGGGUUUCUUUCAGCUAUAUCUCCAGGGGGGCACUGCCCCCCCCCCCCCCCCCCCCCCCGAACAAAAAUAUGUCCAACAAUAAAUCAACUCCCCCCCCCACUUUUCAAGGAAAAAUUUCUGAAAUAAUCACUGAUUACAAUCAUAGGUCACACUGGAUGUGGCGGAUACAUACGUCACACUGGAUGUGGCGGAUACAUAGGUCACACUGGAUGUGGCGGAUACAUAGGUCACACUGGAUGUGGCGGAUACAUACGUCACACUGGAUGUGGCGGAUACAUAGGUCACACUGGAUGUGGCGGAUACAUAGGUCACACUGGAUGUGGCGGAUACAUAGGUCACACUGGAUGUGGCGGAUACAUACGUCACACUAGAUGUGGCGGAUACAUAAGCUUCUUUGAUAUCUGACCUAAACCUCCAAUUUGAAAACUAAUCGGAUUUAAAAAAAAAACAACAUAAUGUGCAUUUUUGUACAUUUAAAACGCCAUUCGCGAUAGAUGUGAAUUUAUUACCAGGAAGAUUACAAAUGGAACAUUGUGAAAUGUGUUGAGAUACACAAUUAAAGGAGAAAUUCUAUUAAGUUGGUUUGGAAGAGUUCUAUUUUGGAGAAGGAUAAAUAUUCUGCAUUUUACAAACUUGCUCUGUUGAUGGUUUCGAUAUUUGGAAACACUUAUACGUGUGAGCAGCUUUUUAUUCAUAUGAAGCACAUCAAAUCACAAGUGAGAACACAAAUUACUUAUGUUCAUUUGGAACUGUUUGCGUGUAGCGAAAACAUCAGUCGAGAUCAAUUUCGAUGCACUUAGUUCUGCAAAACAAAGUCAGAUGUUUCACUUUUAAAUAUUUUUUAAUUGUCUAAUAAUUAUGUUUGAUUCUCUGUUUGUAUUUUCUUUAAGAAAAUAAAUAAACCUAUUUCUUGUAUUUUUUACAUUAAACCAGGAAAGCGUUUGACCAUGAUCUCACCUUCUGGGAAGCGACAAUGUGGUCAAAGCUGUAGUACUCUUGCUUGUUUACUUUAAUAGUAAAAAAAAAAAAAAAAAAAUUGGGUGCAUGACCCGGCAGGAAAUAUUAUUUCUGAAAUUUGUCCAACCAGCUGAAAAGGUUGGGGACCCCUGCUUUAGACGUUUGUUCCAAAAAAGAAUUUGAGGGCUUCACUUUGAAAACUGAAGCUAAUAAAAGAAUGCUCAUUUCACUCAUUCAUAUUUUUUUGUGUGGAAAACUGUAUUGCAUUAAUGGCAUAAAUUAGAACAUAUCCAAAAUUUGUUAGGUUAGGCCCAGCGGUGUGGUCAGAAAAUUAUCCUGAAAUUGUAUUCACAUUACCUAUUAUCGACAAUGGUCGUUUCUUUAGUGAAUAACUUGAUUUACACUGGAAAUCCAGCCUAUUACCCAUUCCUCAACACCAAAUAGACAAACUUCAGAAGGCACAGAACUCAGCAUGCAGACUCAUUUUUAAAUCAAAGAAACAUGACCACAUUCAACCACACAUGCUGCAACUCCACUGGCUUCCAAUAUCCUCUCGCAUCAAGUACAAGUCUGCCAAUCUAUGCUUCAACUCGUUCACUGACCCUCACUUUCCUGUCUAUCUCUCUGAACUGUUGCUUCCUUACAUCCCCACAAGUCAACUAGGCUCUUCAAUUGACAAUAGAACCCUCUCAAUCCCAAGAACCAAAACUAAGACCAUCGGUGAACGCUCCUUCUACUUCCAUGCGCCCACGUUCUGGAACCAGCUCCCCUUCCACAUCCGUCAUUGUGAAACCUCGUCUACUUUCAAAAAGUCCCUUAAAACCCAUCUGUUUAGGUCCGCCUAUGACCUGUGAUGCAUCCUCCUUGCCCUGCCUCAUUUUCUGUCUCGGGUUGAUCCUGUAGUAUAUGCCAAAACGUGCCAAAGUGUACUCGUUUUAUAGCCAUUUUAAUUGUUUCUAUAGUAUAGUAGUUACUAUCCUAGUGUCUCUGGUUUUUCAUUUUUAUUUUACUUAGUUUACAUAUUUUUAAUAAUUGUAAAGCGCUUAGAGCUUUAAGGUAAGCGCUAUAUAAAAAUGCCUAAAUAAAUAAAUAAUAACUAAUUUAAAAACAAAAACAAAUAAAUUUAUAACACAAGUACAUAUUUUUAAUAUGAUUUGAUGCUUUUAUUGAGGGGUGUUGCAAUGGGGAGUGGGUUAAAUAAGCCUUAUUAUUAUUAAAAUUGAAAUAUUUGUAUACAUAUAUAUAGGGCAUAUAGGCCUAGAUUAGUAUAUUUAUAUAGUAUUUAAAGUAUAGGCUUGGCCACCACCCCCAAUUAUUAUUUGUAGGACACAUUAUUCUUUAUAUGUAAUGAUAUUUUAAUGAAUAUUUUGAUGAUUAUUAAGGCAUAAAUUAAGUAAAAAUGUUUAAAAAAAAUAUUCACUUGCCUUUCAUAUUGAAAUAUCCUAUAUUUAACUUAUCACUUAUCACAAUAUUCCACAAGAGAAUUAUUAUAUAGCUUCAGUAUUCUCAAAGAAAAAUUACACUUUCUGCCACAAUAAUCCAAGAAUUACUUAAAAUAUUACUAAAGAACAAUCAUAAAAACUUGUACUUACCUCAAGCAAAUGACUAGAACUUAUUUUAAUUUCUAUCAACCGCCAAAGUUGAUUCUUACAAUACAUGUUGAUUUGUGAAACAACAUGCCUAACUUAAAAUAAAUGACACACUAAUUUUUUGUCAUAUUGAUAUGGGAAUAAAAUAACAUUUAAUGAAAAUGGUAAAAUAAAAAGUAUAAUCAUCAAUUCUAACUAAAUGAAUAAAAUAAUCCUUGCAUUAUUUGUUUAUACUUAUACAUUUUAAACAGUUCCAAUUAAAUUUUUUAAAUUAAUAUCUAAAUAAUAUUAUUUUUAUUCGUGGGAAUUUAAAAAAUAAUAUAUUUAAACAAAAUUGAUUGAUUGAUCAAUAAAAAUAAGUUCUGAGUCAGCAUAUUUAACACAUUUUUUUUUUUUUAAAAAAGGAAAAUUAUCAAGAUGAAAAAACAAUUUUUUCGGAAUAUUAACAAAUAAUUAACUUAUAUUUUGUGGCUUUUUUAUAAGAACUCAUAUUAAACUAUGUUCCCUGUAAAUCUCAUAUUUUUGUCUGGUUUUAUCAUAAAGUUACAGGUGUAGAAACAAAAGCAAAAUGGGGAAAAGUGUUCUUGAACUCCUUACUAAAAAAUGUAAAACUUUUGAGCAAGUUGAGUUAGAAAGUUGAUCUUGGUGUUUUUGUAAACAAUUCUCCAGGCUCUACACAGCUGUGGUGUUUUCAUAUUUUUUAAAUGUUUUGAAAUUUUCAUCAAAGUCCCUAUACUAUACUAUUGUAAUAUACUGUAUAAUUAAUAGGCCUACCACUAUAACUUUGACUAUAGUUUUAUAGGCACCAUUGUAGUAGCCGUCAUAUAGUAUGCAAUAAUAGCAUGGUUGGCACUACCGUGUAGUAAUUUGGAAGAAAACAAGUAUUCCUUCCUUAGGGUACUUCUGAGGUUACAAGGUGAGUCAAGGGUUAACAUAAGGGAGUCAUUGUCUCAUAGGGUUAACAUUUUACAGUGUUAGAUCACAAAUAGCUAGAUUGCAUCCUUUAAAUGAAAAUAGCUUCAUUUAAUUCUCAUUUUGGUUUAAUUUUGAGAUUUUAAAGAAAUGUGUUUAAAUAUAGACUCCAAUGAUAAAUUUAAUAGCAAUUUAGAUUUAAUUAGAAAUUAUUCUUUGGUUAAGUAUGCUAGCUUUAGUAAUACAGAUUCCUGUAUUUAGAUUAAUAUAGGAAAUAGUUUCUCCAGCGUGACAAAGUUAUUAAGUUUUCCUUCAACUUAUAACUUUUUUUUCCACCGUAUGGUAGGGAAAUAUCAUGAGGAUAAAAGUGUUUAUUUGAAGUUUCUAGCUGUAGUAAAAUGAUAAAUACAAAAAGACUACAUUUGUCUUUGACUUAUGCUCUAAAUUUGGUAGCCUUAUACAAUGAAGAAGAUCACACUCACUUUUAGUUUUAUAAAGCUUAACAUGUAAAAUUAAGCCAUGUCGGAGUAAUAAAUAUGAAUAACGACUAAUACUGGUCAUUGAUUGAUAUUAAUAUAUUAAAUAUAUUUAAUCGUUUAAUAGAAAUUAAAAGAGCACUUACUCUGCAGUUCUAAUCCAUCCAACCCUGUGGCUUUGUCCUGUCCCAUGUAGGGCUUUGGCCUGUCUCACAACUUCCUUCCACCCAUCCAACCGUGUGGCUCUACAGCCCAUGUAGGGCUUUGGCCUGUCUCACAACUUCCUUCCCCCCAUCCAACCGUGGGGCUCUACAGCCCAUGUAGGGCUUUGGCCUGUCUCACAACUUCCUUCCACCCAUCCAACCGUGUGGCUCUACAGCCCAUGUAGGGCUUUGGCCUGUCUCACAACUUCCUUCCCCCCAUCCAACGGUGGGGCUCUACAGCCCAUGUAACGCUUUGGCCUGCAUCACCACUUCCUUCCACUCAAACCUAACUGAUGCAUUUCUUUUCCACGCUGUAGAUCUUUUUCCACAUUAUCCAUCCAUCUAAGCCAAGGUCUGCCUUUGAGGCAUUUUCCUUUAGGGUUUUUGUAGCUCACCCUCUUCACUUCUCUCUCAUUUAGCAUUCUCCUGCAUAACAUAACCUGCCCUUUCUAAUUUCUGCUUCUAGUGUGGGAUCUUCAUAUAAACUACACAAUUAAUGGUUGGUUAGUAUUCUCCAACCAUAUUCAACCUUUGUUGGUCCAUAUACUUUCCUGCAGUUCUUGGUCCAACCAUAUUCAACCUUUGUUGGUCCAUAUACUUUCCUGCAGUUCUUGGUCCAACCAUAUUCAACCUAUGUUGGUCCAUAUACUUUCCUGCAGUUCUUGGUCCAACCAUAUUCAACCUUUGUUGGUCCAUAUACUUUCCUGCAGUUCUUGGUCCAACCAUAUUCAACCUUUGUUGGUCCAUAUACUUUCCUGCUAUUCUUGGUCCAACCAUAUUCAACCUUUGUUGGUCCAUAUACUUUCCUGCUGUUCUUGGUCCAACCAUAUUCAACCUUUGUUGGUCCAUAUACUUUCCUGCUGUUCUUGGUCCAACCAUAUUCAACCUUUGUUGGUCCAUAUACUUUCCUGCUGUUCUUGUAAUGAAUUGCACAAAAGGAUUGGUAAUUACGGUUUACUACUAAAAGUAGUUUCUACUUUCUAAAAUGAGUAAAACAAAGUAGGGUUAAACCUAAAAAAAAAGAGCGCAACAAAACAACGAACGUGUCGGCCUGGAUCCAAAAAAGGCUACCUGCCAACAUGUCGGUUGUUUUGUUGCGUUUCUUUUUUCAGGUUUAACCCUAUUUUGUUUUUUCUCAUUUUAUAUUGUGCUACCCUGAUUGCAGUCUCUCCCCUUAUUACCCUAGCUACUUUACUACACAGUUUUAGCAUAAAUGAAUAAUAUCAAUGACAACACACUGUUUCUAAAUUUAGAUGGCCUACCUAUCUUAGUAAGGUCAUUUUUGAAUGGACCAAUAGAAUUUAAGCUUUUUAUUGUUUAAUGAUGAAUUUAUUGCACUGCCAGUUUUAAACGUGUGUCUUGUGCAAAAAUAUAAUCUAAAUCCAGUGAAAAACAGUACAAAGCCUGUACAGCCAUACAACUUGGCAAAUGUAUAAAAACUGUACAAAGUACAGGUAAAGCAUACAGGUUGGUAUGUAUGCCAACAUAUGAGUUUGUUAAUUUAAAUCUUUGAAGUUUUUCCAUUAUUUAGAAAUUUAAUGAUAAAUAUUAACUUGUUAUUGCUUUGACUAGAUGGCUUCCCAGACAAAAGCUGCUUCCUUGAACAAGAUACUGAUGAGAAAGAAGAAUUUGACCCUGGACCUCUAGGCAAUCCCCUCCCACCACCCGAUGUGGACCUGGACAAAUUGAGAGGAGACAGAAUUGGUGACACUGUCUACAGUGGGAAGUGGUGCAUUCAGACUGUGAUGAAGUUAAUGCAAGUGAGCUCUAUUUUAAAGAUUGUCCUUUUUUUAACAUGUUCCAGCAUUUCAGCAUUGUUCAAUACUUUGCACCAAAAUACUAUAAAACAAUUUACUUGUAGCAUUGACGAGUAUCUGUAGUCUGCGAUCCUCACAGAUACCACAUACUCACAAACAAAACAAUAUUCACCCUUGACACAGUGAUUCUCAUACCUUGACAAGCAUGCUGUUAUUUCAUUUCAGCCAGGUUUUUAAACAUUUUUUUUAUUUGAAUAGUUGGGUAUGAGACUUGUGAGGACUUGUGAGGACUUGUGAUAUUUUUCAUGAUUAAAUGUAUUGUAUUUAAUAUUCAUUACAGUGCCUUAGAAAAGAGAAAAUUAUUUAUUUUUCAGAGUAAUGUUGUGUUGAAAGCCGAAGUUGACAAUUCAGAUGAGGAAAAGCCAGAGUUGGUAGAUAUGGAAGAAGAAUUACAGAAUGAAGUGGGAGUUUUGUGGGAUAUGACAAGUAAUGUAGUAAGUUUUUCAAUUAUUUUUUCCUAUGACCAGUUGUUGUUUUUUCUUAACAAUUUUAGAAUGAAUUUAAGAAUAAAUUGGCAAAGUGACUCUGUGUUUGUGAGACUAUACUUCAAAAAACUCGUUCUUAUGCAUUUUAAAAUGUUAGCAGAGCGUGAUGAUUCUGUGAUGAGACUGUUUUAUGAAAAUGAUUGUUGAAAAAAUGUAAAAAAAAUUAUUUAAAAAAAAAUCCAUUUUUUAUCACUGUUAUUCAUCAAAAUUUUUAUUUAUCUGCGUAAUUUAUUUUCUCCAGGAAGUGUGUCAAUAUCUUCAUUCUAUUGGCGCUAUAGAAAGCAUCUGUUAUGUCAUCACAAACUCUAGGUGUCCCAGGGCUUCUGUAAGUCUUAGUCGACUGGUCAUUUCUUAACUUGGGCAGUAACAGGAAGUCAUUAACAUCAAAGCCCUUGAAACAUUUGUCUCCUUCAAGCUGGGAUGUGGUUGUUGUAUUUGUGAUAUAGGGAAUAAAAAAAGAGAUUUCUGAAAUAUUAUAUGGGAAAAUAAUUCAAAAUACUUUUAUUAUAAAAAAAAUAUAUUUAUAUAAAUGUUGACUGAUAUUUUAUGAGGAAAAUAAUAUUAUGUAAGUAUGAAAUAUUAAUGUUGAUAACUUAAAAAAAAUGUUUCAGGAAAUGUGUGUAGGAAUGCUGGCAAAUAUGAUAACACACAAGGACCUCUGGGAUAUACUGAAAGAAGAUGCUAAUUUAUUGUAAGUUCUAGAAUCAUAUUUAUAUAUAUAAAAAAAAAAUAAAUUAAAUCUGUUUUUUGCUCUUAUACAUCCUUAAAAAUUAAAAGUGCUACAUGGCUAAACAGUGUUAACAUAGAUGAUCCACAAUAUCUUGAUAAGUAAACAGUUUUGAAUGUAUUGGAUUUUUGCACAUACACAUUCUUAUCCAAGAUGAGAAGAAGAACUUUUUUAAUGGAUUAAGUUGAAAAACGAUUGUGGACAGUCCAGUUCAAGGUUAAUGAAACAACUGUUCUAUUUCAGUGACCUGCUGGUUGAGCUGUUGACUAACACAGAUCAGCCGGUACUUCUGGAGGUUACAAGGUGAGUCAAGGGUUAACAUAAGGGAGUCAUUGUCUCAUAGGGUUAACAUAAGAUGUGAUUGUCUCAUAGGGUAAACAUAAGAUGUGAUUGUCUCAUAGGGUAAACAUAAGAUGUGAUUGUCUCAUAGGGUUAACAUAAGGUGUGAUUGUCUCAUAGGGUAAACAUAAGAUGUGAUUGUCUCAUAGGGUUAACAUAAGAUGUGAUUGUCUCAUAGGGUUAACAUAAGGUGUGAUUGUCUCAUAGGGUUAACAUAAGGUGGGAUUGUCUCAUAGGAUUAACAUAAGAUGUGAUUGUCUCAUAGGGUAAACAUAAGAUGUGAUUGUCUCAUGGGGUUAACAUAAGAUGUGAUUGUCUCAUAGGGUUAAUAUGAGGUGUGAUUGUCUCAUAGGGUUAACAUAAGGUGUGAUUGUCUCAUAGGGUAAACAUAAGAUGUGAUUGUCUCAUAGGGUUAACAUACGAUGUGAUUUUCUCAUAGGGUUAACAUAAGGUGUGAUUGUCUCAUAGGCUUAACAUAAGGUGUGAUUGUCUAAUAGGGUUAACAUAAGAUGUGAUUGUCUCAUAGGGUAAACAUAAGAUGUGAUUGUCUCAUAGGGUAAACAUAAGGUGUGAUUGUCUCAUAGGGUUAACAUAAGAUGUGAUUGUCUCAUAGGGUAAACAUAAGAUGUGAUUGUCUCAUAGGGUAAACAUAAGAUGUGAUUGUCUCAUAGGGUUAACAUAAGAUGUAAUUGUCUCAUAGGGUUAACAUAAGGUGUGAUUGUCUCAUAGGGUAAACAUAAGAUGUGAUUGUCUCAUAGGGUUAACAUAAGGUGUGAUUGUCUCAUAGGGUUAACAUAAGGUGUGAUUGUCUCAUAGGGUUAACAUAAGGUGGGAUUGUCUCAUAGGAUUAACAUAAGAUGUGAUUGUCUCAUAGGGUAAACAUAAGAUGUGAUUGUCUCAUGGGGUUAACAUAAGAUGUGAUUGUCUCAUAGGGUUAAUAUGAGGUGUGAUUGUCUCAUAGGGUUAACAUAAGGUGUGAUUGUCUCAUAGGGUAAACAUAAGAUGUGAUUGUCUCAUAGGGUUAACAUAAGAUGUGAUUUUCUCAUAGGGUUAACAUAAGGUGUGAUUGUCUCAUAGGGUUAACAUAAGAUGCGAUUGUCUCAUAGGGUAAACAUAAGAUGUGAUUGUCUCAUAGGGUUAACAUAAGAUGUGAUUGUCUCAUAGGGUUAACAUAAGAUGUGAUUGUCUCAUAGGGUUAACAUAAGAUGUGAUUGUCUCAUAGGGUUAACAUAAGAUGUAAUUGUCUCAUAGGGUUAACAUAAGGUGUGAUUGUCUCAUAGGGUAAACAUAAGAUGUGAUUGUCUCAUAGGGUUAACAUAAGGUGUGAUUGUCUCAUAGGGUUAACAUAAGAUGUGAUUGUCUCAUAGGGUUAAUAUGAGGUGUGAUUGUCUCAUAGGGUUAACAUAAGGUGUGAUUGUCUCAUAGGGUAAACAUAAGAUGUGAUUGUCUCAUAGGGUUAACAUAAGAUGUGAUUGUCUCAUAGGGUUAACAUAAGGUGUGAUUGUCUCAUAGGGUUAACAUAAGGUGUGAUUGUCUCAUAGGGUUAACAUAAGAUGUGAUUGUCUCAUAGGGUAAACAUAAGAUGUGAUUGUCUCAUAGGGUAAACAUAAGAUGUGAUUGUCUCAUAGGGUUAACAUAAGAUGUGAUUGUCUCAUAGGGUAAACAUAAGAUGUGAUUGUCUCAUAGGGUAAACAUAAGAUGUGAUUGUCUCAUAGGGUUAACAUAAGGUGUGAUUGUCUCAUAGGGUUAACAUAAGAUGUGAUUGUCUCAUAGGGUUAACAUAAGAUGUGAUUGUCUCAUAGGGUUAACAUAAGAUGUAAUUGUCUCAUAGGGUUAACAUAAGGUGUGAUUGUCUCAUAGGGUAAACAUAAGAUGUGAUUGUCUGAUAGGGUUAACUUAAGGUGUGAUUGUCUCAUAGGGUUAACAUAAGGUGGGAUUGUCUCAUAGGGUUAACAUAAGGUUUGAUUGUCUCAUCUAGGUCUGAGAUUGACAUUGCCUUAUCCAGUUCUGAGAAUGCCAUUGUCUCAUCCAGGUCUGAAGUUGCUAUUGUCUUAUCCAGUUCUGAGAUUGCCAUUGUCUCAUCCAGGUCUGAAGUUGCUAUUGACUUAUCCAGUUCUGAGAUUGACAUUGUCUUAUCCAGGUUUGAGAUGUCUCAUCCAGGUCUGAAGUUGCUAUUGUCUUAUCCAGUUCUGAGAUUGCCAUUGUCUCAUCCAGGUCUGAAGUUGCUAUUGACUUAUCCAGUUCUGAGAUUGACAUUGUCUUAUCCAGGUUUGAGAUGCUUAAUGUCACACUCAAUGUCACCCAGCAUUGUCUUCUGAUCCAGGUCUGGGAUUGGUCACCCAGCAUUGUCUCUUGAUCCAGGUCUGGGAUUGGUCACCCACCAUUGUCUCUUCAUCCAGGUCUGGGAUUCGGUCACCCACCAUUGUCUCUUUGAUUAUUUACAGUACUUGUUCUCAUGACUUUCUUUGUUAAACCCUUGAUUGGAUUCACACGCCAUCCACUCAAGUCUUUACAAAUAGAUUGAUAGCCAGGGUACAUUACCAACAGUUUGGUCUUACCUAGUGGGCUCUUACCACAUAACCUUUGAUUAAUUGCCUGUUUUUGUCUAUAUUUCAGAUUCUUUAAUACGGCUAUGUGCCACCAAGACAAUGGGUUCUGUUAUUCCAGGCUCUGUGAUAGUGGUCAGCAGGUGACCAGUGAAUUGGUGAGAAUACUCUCAGGCUCAACCCAUGGUGAGUGAUGAAAAGUUGGCAUGACACGUUCUUGACACACAUUGCCAUCAUAAGGAUGUAUGCAUAGCUCUAAGUGACAUAAUUAACCAUAGUACUGGGUAGGACAAAGGCACAAUACAUUUAAUGAUACAAAUCACUGUUUCUAUUUUGACACUGAUACAAAUCAUUGUGUCUAUUUUGACACUGAUACAAAUCAUUGUGUCUAUUUUGACACUGAUACAAAUCAUUGUGUUUAUUUUGACACUGAUACAAAUCAUUGUGUUUAUUUUGACACUGAUACAAAUCAUUGUGUCUAUUUUGACACUGAUACAAAUCAUUGUGUUUAUUUUGACACUGAUACAAAUCAUUGUGUUUAUUUUGACACUGAUAAAAAUCAUUGUGUUUAUUUUGACACUGAUACAAAUCAUUGGGUUUAUUCUGACACUGAUACAAAACAUUGUGCCUAUUUUGACACUGAUACAAAUCAUUGUGCCUAUUUUGACACUGAUACAAAUCAUUGUGCCUAUUUUGACACUGAUACAAAUCAUUGUGUCUAUUUUGACACUGAUACAAAUCAUUGUGCCUAUUUUGACACUGAUCAGUGUCAAAUCAUUGUGUCUAUUUUGACACUGAUACAAAUCAUUGUGCCUAUUUUGACACUGAUACAAAUCAUUGUGUCCAUUUUGACACUGUUACAAAUCAUUGUGUCUAUUUUGACACUGAUACAAAUCAUUGUGUUUAUUUUGACACUGAUACAAAUCAUUGUGUCCAUUUUGACCAGCUGUACUCAUGUUUUGUUCCCCAUGAUUGUAUUUGUUUAAAAUUGUUAUUUUGCUGUAUGUUUUAAACCGUUACUUUGGCGGGAAGGUUAUGAUUUGGGUUUCUUUUAGCUACCAGCUUGUUUUGUUUGCAGUUCCACCUGGCCGUCAGUGUCAUUGUUCUAAUCUCUAAUCAAUAACCUACUUUGCGGUGAACCUUAAAAAAAAUAUUAUUGUCUUGUCAGGACCUCAGUAGUUGUUUUUCAUUAAUUGGCCCCACCCACCUCAGUUUUUGAGUGACAGAAUUCAGCCAAGGUUAAUCCAACCCAAUAGGAGGUGCUAUCUGACUUGAUAUUACGCCAUACUUAUUCUGUCAGUUUUAUUGUGUUUUUUUAUCCUUUAGGUCACAUGUAAUAAAGUGCCAUCCUGGCCGUUAACUCUUCACAGUUUGAAUACCCUUUGUGAGACUUCACAUUUUUGUGAUACUUUACAUUUAAAUGAGACUUCACAUUUUUGUGAUACUUUACAUUUAAAUUAGACUUCACAUUUUUGUGUGCUUUACAUUAAGGGAUUAUUCACAUUAUAGUGAUACUUAACAUUUCAAUAAGACCACAUUUUUAUGAUACAUUUUGAGGAUGGAAACAAAGUCAUCCAAAUAAUACCAUUUAGCAUUGUACAGGCCAUUUAAAGUCCUAUAAAUCCUACACGGAGUACGUGAAUUAUUUCUUGAGGUGAAAAAAUAGUUUAUCAUAUCAGCGAUCAUACCAUGACCCACUAACCAAUAUUUGAAUACCUGUAUCGUGGCUUAUCAUCUUGAUUAUGUGUGCGUGUGGGGCAAGGUCAGUCUGUCAGUAUUUUGCAGCACCUAUUGCGAGACAACCACCCCUCUCUCUUCAUUUGAAAAUCAUGUAAUAACUUGGUCAGAAUAACAUUAGAAAAAUGCCAGUCACUGUUUUAGUCCUGGUCUGAUAUGAAUGCAGUGUCGGUGAUAGGAAGUCUGGUCUGAUAUCAAUGCAGUGUCGGUGAUUGGAAGUCUGGUCUGAUAUCAAUGCAGUGUCGGUGAUUGGAAGUCUGGUCUGAUGUCAAUGCAGUGUCGGUGAUUGGAAGUCUGGUCUGAUAUCAAUGCAGUGUCGGUCAUUGGAAGUCUGGUCUGAUAUCAAUGCAGUGUCGGUGAUUGGAAGUUUGAUUCUGUUGGUUGGACAGAGUUUCAUCAGUUUUUAUAGGAAUGACACUUCUGUUAUCUUAUUCAAGAAUUAAAACCUAGUUGGCUCUUACCAACCUAUUCUCAAUUGCUUUCUGCCUAACUCACAAAUUCUUGAAACUGGAGAAAUCACCAAAUUAUCUCAUCAAUGGGUAACCAGUGGUUCUCAAUUCUGCUUCAUGCAAUAUAAUUUUGAUGUCUUUUUGACAUUUUUCUGUUCAUUUGAAAGGGAAGAUACGUUGCCAAAAAUAUUUCAACAUUAAUUUUUUUCGUCAUUAUUUAUUAUGGGACCUACAUAGUGUCAUUGUAUAUCCCCUCAUCACAACAGGAAUUCAUUGAAAAUUAUGCCAUCCAGUUUUUGCUGAGUUCUUUCCUUUGAACAAGAAAUGUUCAUGUUAGUUACAUCCCUUCACCUUACUUCUCACCACCAAUAAAUUGUUCGUAUGCACCAAACUCUUUCACUUAUAUAAAGCAUAAUGUUGAAUUAUAAACGGUAACCAAGCAAACAAAUUAAAAUGUAACAUUGUUUUUUUUUACUUGCAACAAAAAUAUAAUUAAAAAGAUUUAAUUAAUUUUGGAAUUCAAGUUCAUAAAAAGUACGCACCCAUCUCUAUGACUUGUGCAUAGACAAGGCUGUAUGACACACCCAUCUCUAUGAUUGGUGUAUAGACAAGACUGUAUGACACACCCAUCUCUAUGACUAGUGUAUAGACAAGACUGACACUCCAAUCAUUAUAAUUGUUUUAUAGACAAGGCAAUGUAUGACACACCCCUCCUAUGACUGAUGUAUAGACAAGACUGUAUGACACACCCCUCCAAUGACUGGUGUAAAGACAGACUGACACUCCCAUCCCUAUAGCUGGUGUAUAGACAAGGCAAUGUAUGACACACCCAUCUCUAUGACUGAUGUAUAGACAAGACUGUAUGACACACCCAUCUCUAUGACUGGUGUAAAGACUGACUGACACUCCCAUCCCUAUAGCUGAUGUGUAGACAAGGCAAUGUAUGACACACCCCUCCCCAUGAUUGGUGUACAGAAAAUGCUGACUUUAUCUGGUCUCUAUCUUUAAAAAGUUCUAUAUGGGACAAUAGUGCAAGCAGGUCAAGGUAACAAUGUCAGGACAUCUCGGUCAGGACAUCUCGGUCAGCGUUGGUUAGAUAAUCUCUAACACACAGGGCAAAAAGGCAAUGGUUGAAUUCUAUUGGAUGAGUUUGCUUAAUGUGAGGGAAAUAUGUAGCAGAUCAUGUAUGAAAUUUGGGUUAGUGUGGUGGGAAAUAUGUAGCAGAUCAUGUGGGAAAGCUUGAAUUGUGUGAUGGGAAAUAUUGAAAUUUUUUUAGGGAAAGUUUCAUUAGUAUUAGCAAAAUAUGAAGCAGGUCAGAUUAUUUUCAUUUAAGAGAUGAGUUCUCUUGUAUCAGCCAGUUUUUUUUGUAAACACUGCUUAAAGUUCUAUGUGGGAGACACAGGACAGCGACUUGCUGAUAGGUUUGGUGAACACCUACGCAACAUUGCGCAAGAAAAGCAAUGUGCCUUUUCUUCUUUCCUCAAUAGAAGCGACCAAAAAUCGAUACACACCCAUGGGAAUUGACACCACACAGCAUCAAUGUAAUGUUUUCUUUUAACUGUUAACUCUCUCUCUCAACCCCUUACGCUCUGUUACCAAUGACAGUUCUCUUCUUUUCCCUUCUUCCCUCCAUUAAUUAAAGUGGCAGCAUAUUUUUUCCUCGUCCUUCUCUUAAUCCUUGAGGAUUCUGUGCUUGUGAUUACCUUAUUAUGUUUGUUUGCUAGUGAUGAUCUUAUCAUGUUUGGGAUUUAAUUAUUAUGUUUCCUUUUAAUCUCUAACCCAAAACUGUGAAUUUUUUUGGACACUUCUGCCCACAAUUCAAUAUGAUUUCCUGUGAACUUUGACAUGCAUCAGCUAAGUUUAUCUUUAGGUUCCUUUUUGUCUGGUGUUGGAUACUUUUUAGUCCAAACAUCAUUUGUGACCUGUCAGGUUUUGUUGGAGACUUUUUAGUCCAAACAUAAUUUGUGACCUGACUUUCAGAUUUUCCCCUACUCUUUAAGUUCUAUUUCAUGUUGAAUUCUGAGGCACAACCUCGAUGGUGAGGUUUUGAAAUGAACAAAUUUUCAAUAUUUUUUAUAUUUCUGGAUCAAAUUUUUAAAUAAAAAAAUUAUUUAUAUUCUUAAUCCAAAGAGCUUUUUAUAGCACCUCUUAUCAAUUAGACAGAUCAAAUUAUUAGUCCAAUUCAUUUCUAAACGAGAAGGAACAUUUUUACCUGUGAGUAUUCAUUCUUGAGGUGAUAUAUGGGUGCUUCAUAUAACUUGUUCAGCAAGUGAUCUAUGUGAUCUGGGUGUCUCACAACGUUUGUUCAGAUUUUAGGUUUCUUGUUAAAAUGUUUAUUUAAAUAGAUUUACUUGUUAUCUUAUUUUCACUUGUUUAAAAACAAACUGUUUUUCAAUUAAUAUUGUCAUGGUUAAGAUUAAUGAAAAGAUUGUCUUUGUUUAACACAACAAACACCACCCCCCCCCCCCAAAAAAAAAAAUCACUUGAUUUAAAAAAAAAAGAUUGAUUUUUUUCUUCUCGUGAUAAAGGAUUUCUUUAGAUUUUUAAGUAGAUUGUUUACAAAGAUUAAAUAUAAUGUAGUUCAUGGUUUUUAAAUCAAUUUAAACAAUUUAAGUUGGAUUUUAAAUUUUAAUUGGAUUAAAAAAAUUUUAUAUCAGUAUUUUUGUUAAAUUAAGAUAUUAUUAUUUUUGAUAGCAGAUUUUAAAUGGCCCGCCACGGAUUGAGACAUUUUCAUGUCGAUACACAAUAAAACAUUUUAGGGUGAACAUUUUUUCAAACUAUAAUUACUGAUUUAAUAUUGUUGGGAAAUCAUGUGAGAGUACAGGAGAAGCUGUAAUAUGGAAAAGGGGGAGGUCGCAAAAGCUAAGGAGGGGUAUGGCUUGACAGGUCGUAGCAAUUUAUGUCAAGCGCCACAGCAGAGCAAACAUUUGGGAACCCGGAGGACACAAAAUCAGAUACUAUGUAAGUUAGAGGAAAUAGAUAGUUGAGCUCAGUCUGUGCUUUGUGGAUAAUAAUAAUAUGACGAGAAAGUCUUGGGGGUCAGAGUAAUUGAGAUGGGAGCUGGGGUACUAAAGGUCCUGACAUGACUACGAUGGGCGAUGUGAACCAUUUAUGGUACCAUAUUAUUGAAACAUGUGGUUUAGCCAGGUAUGGGAGAGUGUGUCUCCAUCAUGAUUUGUUGAGUAACGCUGGGGACAAGUACCUAAACAUUCAGAGAUCGGAGCAUGAGACGUUCAAUGAAUAGAAAGCACGAUACAUAUUUGUAGUUAGGGCAAUUCAUUCAGAGAAGAAUGUUGAGAGACAGUAGGAAUGGUUCUUGAAAGUAAGUUUUUAUAAACAAACAUAAGAAUGUUUGGCCAAAUGGAUUCUGGAUGAUAUCAUGUUUCUUCGGAUGAAUUUCCACAACUAGGUAAAUGUUGGAACAAAUUUUUGACCAUGUUGAUGGAAGCACCUAUGUCAGUGAAGCUGGAUUGUAAUGACGAACAUCAACUUCAAAAAGCAUAACGCUUUGACUGGUAAACAUUUAAACAUUUAAUGAGGACACUUCUUCAAAUUAAGAAAAUUGCAAGUACAAUUCAAAGCAAAAUAUAUCCUUUAUAAUAGCUACAGUUUUUAUUCCCUUUACUUAUAUUCUUGAUGAGCCGAUAAUGCUAUUUGAUGAUGACCAUGCAUACAUUUAGAAGUAUUAAUAAUAGGAAUUAUUUCAAACGGUAAAAAAAAAAAAUAUCUUUCUUUUUGUUGAGAUUUGAUUUGCUGCCCUUGGCUUGGUGGAAAACAUUUUCUUGACCCACUUGGUCAAAAUGUUGCACAGCACCACAUUACAAUAUUUAAGUUUUUAAAAAGUUUUUCAAACUUGCUGCUGCAUGCAAAAAUCACAUGUUACACUUGUAACAUUACAGGAGGAUAUGUGAACCAAUCCCAUGAAAUCUUAGACCAUUUCAAGUUUAACAAGGAAUAAUUUUGGUUUUAAUCGCACCCAGCAAGGUUAUCAGUAUUUUAUCUCCAGAAUGUUCUCUGCUUAUGUCAAAAGAUGAAGUGGUUCAUUGAUUUUUGGGAUGAGAUACAAGGGACUGAAUUAUUUCUGUCUACUCCUAUACAAGUAACUGAAUAAUGUCUGUCUGCUUCUGAAAAGCUUUUGCUAUUUCUCUUAGAUCUCAAACCCAGUAGUCCAGUGUGUGAUGGCUUCAUCUUUAUAGCCUAUCGCCUCUGCCUCCUCCCUGAGCUCUAACACUCUACUUUUCUUCGCACUCCUUGUUUCCAUUUUAAAAUAAUCUUAAAGCCCUCAAUAGUAGUAGCAAUGUUAAAAAAAAAAACAUCAAUCUUAUACGACAACAAAUGUAAACUAUACUAAUUACCCGGUCUUGGUCUUGGGUACCCAUCGUAGCUGACUUGCGUAGGCGUACAACGGCAGUAGGGUACAUUCAACACGGGUACAGCACUAGUGUCAGUGUUACAGCAGUGUCGGCAACAAGCAGGAUACGGCAACAAGCAGGGUAAGGCGACCAACAGGGUAUGGUAGCUAGCAGAAUAAGGCAACCACACAGGAUACGGCAGCCACAGGAUACGGCAACACCACAGGAUACGGCAACACCACAGGAUACGGCAACCACAGGAUACGGCAACACAGGAUACGGCAACACAGGAUAUGGCAACACAGGAUACGGCAACCAGCAGGGUUGGCAACAGCAGGGUAAGGCGACCAACAGGGUAGGGCGGCCAGCAGGGUAGGGCGGCCAGCAGGGUAGGGCGGCCAGCAGGGUAGGGCGGCCAGCAGGGUAGGGCGGCCAGCAGGGUAGGGCGGCCAGCAGGGUAGGGCGGCCAGCAGGAUACGGCAACCACGCAGGAUACGACAACCACACUGGAUACGGCAACCGCACAGGAUACGGCAACCGCACAGGAUACGGCAACAAGCAGGUUAAGGCGACCAACAGGGCAUGGCAGCCAGCAGGAUAGGGUAACCAGCAGGAUACGGCAACCACACAGCACAGCAACAUACGAUGGUCGCUGGAUACAGGCCCAGUGGGAUACAGGCCAGGCAGGAUACAGACCAGGCAGCCGCCUAACGUCAAACCAGGAUACAGUAGAGCAGCAUGUGGUAGUCGCAGGAUGCAGGUUUAGCAGGAUUCAAACCCAGCGGGACACAGGACCAGCAGCACACAUAUACAUCAGUAUGCAGUCACAAUGGGCGCCCAAUCCCGGACGAGCCCCCAAAUGUUACAAACCUCUUCUUGCUUAAUAGGUUUGUUGGCUUCGUUGUCUAGGGGUUUAUUAUAUACACUUCACAACUAUAAAUUCUUGUAUGAAAAUAUCUUUAUUAAUCAAACUAAGUCCUCAACUGCCAUUACCGUACUCAAAGAACAACACUGCACAACCAUCUACAAUACUAAUACGUCAUAUCCCUUUUCACACAAUACGUCACAAGAUACUAAAAAUAACAGAUAAAACAACACACAUAAUCUCAAACCAACACGCAAUCACACCAUGCAUUCAAGUCAAUAACAUUCAUUACAAACCCAGUAGUCCAGUGUGGACUUAAGAAAUGGGCUGCCUAGGAGCCCCACAUGUCUUGUACAUAUCUACCUGACUGUCUCUGUCAACACACACAUCUUGUACAUAUCUACCUGACUGUCUCUGUCAACCCACAUGUCUUGUACAUAUCUACCUGACUGUCUCUGUCAACCCACAUAUCUUGUACAUAUCUACCUGACUGUCUCUGUCAACCCACAUGUCUUGUACAUAUCUACCUGACUGUCGCUGUCAACCCACAUAUCUUGUACAUAUCUAACUAUCUGUCUCUGUCAACCCACAAUUCUUGUACAUAUCUACCUGUCUCAGUUAACCCACAAUUCUUGUACAUAUCAACCUGACUGUGUCAGUCAACCCACAUAUCUUGCACAUAUCUAACUGACUGUCUCAGUCAACCCACAUAUCUUGUACAUAUCUAUCUGAAUGUCUCUGUCAACCCACAAGUAUUGUACAUAUCUGCCUGACUGUCUCUGUCAACCCAGAUAUAUUGUACAUAUCUACCUGUUUCAGUCAACCCACAAUUCUUGUACCGAUCUACCUGUCUCAGUCAACCCACAAUUCUUGUACAUAUCUACCUGACUGUCCCAGUCAACCCACAAUUCUUGUACAUAUAUACCUGUCUCAAUCAACCAACAAUUCUUGUACAGUCUUGUACACAUCUACCUGACUGUCUCUGUCAACCCACAAGUCUUGUACAUAUCUACCUGACUGUCUCUGUCAACCCACAAGUCUUGUACAUAUCUACCUGACUGUCUCUGUCAACCCAGAUAUAUUGUACAUAUCUACCUGACUGUACCUGACUGUCCCAGUCAACCCACACAUCUUGUACAUAUCUACCUGACUGUCUCUGUCAACCCAAUAAUCUUGUACAUAUCUACCUGAGUGUCCCAGUCAACCCACAUAUCUUGUACAUAUCUACCUGACUGUCCCAGUCGACCCAGAAGUCUUGUACAUAUCUACCUUACUGUCCCAGUCAACCCACACAUCUUGUACAUAUCUACCUGGCUGUCUCUGUCAACCCACAAGUCUUCUACAUAUCUAUCUGACUGUCUCUGUCAACCCACAAUUCUUGUACAUAUCUACCUGUCCCAGUCAACCCACAUAUCUUGUGCAUAUCUACCUGACUUCCCAGUCAACCCACAAGUCUUGUACAUAUCUACCUGACUGUCCCAGUCAACCCACACGUCUUGUACAUAUCUAACUGACUGUCUCUGUCAACCAACAAGUCUUGUACAUAUCUACCUGACUUUCUCCGUCAAACCACAUAUCUUGUACAUAUCUACCUGACUGUCCCAGUCAACCCACAUAUCUUGUACAUAUCUACCUGACUUCCCAGUCAACCCACAAGUCUUGUACAUAUCUACCUGACUGUCCCAGUCAACCACACGUCUUGUACAUAUCUACCUGACUGUCUCUGUCAACCCACAAGUCUUGUACAUAUCUACCUGACUGUCUCUGUCAACCCACAUAUCUUGUACAUAUCUACCUGACUGUCACAGUCAACCGACAAGUCUUUUACAUAUUAUCUGACUGCCUUUUUCUCCCCAAAGUGGCAUCAGCACCCCCCUGGCUCAGUCUUAGUGUGCUGUUAAUACAGAAGGGAUCCAGACAGUGUUAAGGACACUCUAUUGACUACCCUCUAUAGUUUGAUCCAGACAGUGUUAAGAACAUUCUAUUGACUACCCUCUAUAGUUUGAUCCAGACAGUGUUAAGGACAUUCUAUUGACUACCCUCUAUAGUUUGAUCCAGAUAGUGUUAAGGACAUUCUAUUGACUACCCUCUAUAGUUUGAUCUAGAUAGUGUUAAGGACACUCUAUUGACUACCCUUUAUAGUUUGAUCCAGACAGUGUUAAGGACAUUCUAUUGACUACCCUCUAUAGUUUGAUCCAGUCAGUGUUAAGGACACUCUAUUGACUACCCUCUAUAGUUUGAUCCAGACAGUGUUGAGGACACUCUAUUGACUACCCUCUAUAGUUUCAUCCAGACAGUGUUAAGGACACUCUAUUGACUACCCUCUAUAGUUUGAUCCAGACAGUGUUAAGAACAUUCUAUUGACUACCCUCUAUAGUUUGAUCCAGACAGUGUUAAGGACAUUCUAUUGACUACCCUCUAUAGUUUGAUCCAGAUAGUGUUAAGGACAUUCUAUUGACUACCCUCUAUAGUUUGAUCUAGAUAGUGUUAAGGACACUCUAUUGACUACCCUUUAUAGUUUGAUCCAGACAGUGUUAAGGACAUUCUAUUGACUACCCUCUAUAGUUUGAUCCAGUCAGUGUUAAGGACACUCUAUUGACUACCCUCUAUAGAGUUUGAUCCAGACAGUGUUAAGGGCACCCUAUAGGCUACAGAGGGGAUCCAGGCAGUGGCAAGGACCUUCUAUUCACUACAGAGGGGAUCCAGGCAGUGGCAAGGACCUUCUAUUGACUACAGAGGGGAUCCAGGCAGUGGCAAGGACCUUCUAUUAACUACCCUUUAUUGUUAGGAAUGCAAUGAAUGACUAAGCCUAGGCCCCUUGUGAUAGCUGCUGUAAAACGUUAAAGGAAAUCUUAUCUAGUUAGUGACAGUGAACUAAGCGGAUUUUAGCAAAACAUGUGAUAAGAUUAAAUGCUGUUCAAAGGUGUCACCUACUUUUAGAAAGAGUAUUUGGCCCUAACUCACCUCACCUGACUUUAGAAAGAGUAUUUGGCCCUAACUCACCUCACCUGACUUUAGAAAGAGUUGUUGGCACUAACUCACCUCACCUGACUUUAGAAAGGGUUGUUGGCACUAACUCACCUCACCUGACUUUAGAAAGAGUUGUUGUCCCUUACUCAUCUCAUCUGACUUUAGAAAGAGUUGUUGGCACUAACUCACCUCACCUGACUUUAGAAAGAGUUGUUGGCACUAACUCACCUCACCUGACUUUAGAAAGAGUUGUUGGCGCUAACUCACCUCACCUGACUUUAGAAAGAGUUGUUGAUCCUAAGUCAUCUCACCGUACUUUAGAAAGAGUUGUUGGCCCUAACUCACCUCAGCUGACUUUAGAAAGAGUUGUUGGCCCUAACUCACCUCACCUGACUUUAGAAAGAGUUGUUGGCGCUAACUCACCUCACCUGACUUUAGAAAGAGUUUUUGGCAUUAACUCAUCUCACCUGACUUUAGAAAGAGUUGUUGGCACUAACUCAUCUCACCUGACUUUAGAAAGAGUUGUUGGCACUAACUCAUCUCACCUGACUUUAGAAAGAGUUUUUGGCAUUAACUCACCUCACUUGACUUUUGACCUUACUUUAGAAAUAAUUGUUGACCCUAACUUAUCUCACCUUACUUUAGAAAGAGUUGUGCCCCUUACUCAUCUCACCUGACUUUAGAAAGAGUUUUGUGCCCCAACUCAUCUAUUUAUUAAUUCUAAAAUGCAAAAUGGGAUUAAUUUUUAAAUCUAGGGAUUAAGACAUAAAUUCCUUUGUAAUAGGAAUAUAUUAUUUCCUGAGGUGGCUUCAAUUAGAGUACAUAAUAAAUCCAUCCCAUCAGAUCGAAGUCCCUUGCCCAAAUGGCUACUUAAUAAGGAUGAGGAUACAUCCCAUCAGGCCGAAGGGCACUUGCCCAAAUGGCUACUUAAUAUCUUGGCACUCUUAGUUUGUUAAGGUAACAGUUAAAUACAUUGAUAAUUUGGCACUCUGAGUUUGUUAAGAUAACAGUUAAAUACAUCGAUAUCUUCACCUAAUCUUGAGUUUGUUAAGGUAACAGUUAAAUACAUCGAUAUCUUCACCUAAUCUUGAGUUUGUUAUGGUAACAGUUAAAUACAUCGAUAUCUUCACCUAAUCUUGAGUUUGUUAAGGUAACAGUUAAAUACAUCGAUAUCUUCACCUAAUCUUGAGUUUGUUAAGGUAACAGUUAAAUACAUCGAUAUCUUCACCUAAUCUUGAGUUUGUUAAGGUAACAGUUAAAUACAUCGAUAUCUUCACCUAAUCUUGAGAUACAUCGAUAUCUUCACCUAAUCUUGAGUUUGUUAAGGUAACAGUUAAAUACAUCGAUAUCUUCACCUAAUCUUGAGUUUGUUAAGGUAACAGUUAAAUACAUCGAUAUCUUCACCUAAUCUUGAGUUUGCAUCAGCUGCUCAUGAAGAAAUAGUGAUCUGGUGAGAUGCAAUGUCAUGUUAGUAUUCUUAAAGGUGAUCUGGUGAAAUACAAUGUCAUGUUAGUAUUCUUAAAGGUGAUCUGGUGAGAUACAAUGUCAUGUUAGUAUUCUUAAAGGUGAUCUGGUGAGAUACAAUGUCAUGUUAGUAUUCUUAAAGGUGAUGUUGUGAGAUACAAGGUCAUGUCAGUAUUCUUAAAGGUGAUGUUGUGAGAUACAAGGUCAUGUCAGUAUUCUUAAAGGUGAUGUUAUGAGAUACAAGGUCAUGUCAGUAUUCUUAAAGGUGAUCUGGUGAGAUACAAUGUCAUGUUAGUAUUCUUAAAGGUGAUGUGGUGAGAUAUAAUGUCAUGUCAGUAUUCUUAAAGGUGAUGUUGUGAGAUACAAGGUCAUGUCAGUAUUCUUAAAGGUGAUCUGGUGAGAUACAAUGUCAUGUUAGUAUUCUUAAAGGUGAUGUGGUGAGAUACAAGGUCAUGUCAGUAUUCUUAAAGGUGAUGUGGUGAGAUACAAGGUCAUGUCAGUAUUCUUAAAGGUGAUGUGGUGAGAUACAAGGUCAUGUCAGUAUUCUUGCAGCAAGGUCUUUAUGAAACAAACAUCGUACGAGUGGAAACCCUUUUGAGAUUUGACAGAAGUUGUUUUUAAUUGAAUGCAUCAAACAGGCCUUGAUAAGUAACAACAAACAGUUGUUUGUUAAAAUGGGUCAAGUUAAGGGUCAGUACUCUCAGUUCUGUCUCCACACUCCAGGACACAAGCCCUGGCCUUGACCCUCUAAUCUUAUGACUGUUGUAGGAGGACAUUGUUGACUUUUUGUUUCCUCUUCCUUUAAAAAAAGCUACUACUGACAUGUUUUACAGUAACUGCCACUACUGACAUGUUUUACAGUAACUGCUAAUACUUAAAUGUUUUACAGUAACUGCUAAUACUUAAAUGUUUUACAGUAACUGCCACUACUGACAUGUUUUACAGUAACUGCUAAUACUUAAAUGUUUUACAGUAACUGCCACUACUGACAUGUUUUACAGUAACUGCUAAUACUUAAAUGUUUUACAGUAACUGCUACUACUGACAUGUUUUACAGUAACUGCUACUACUGACAUGUUUUACAGUAACUGCUACUACUUAGAUGUUUUACAGUAACUGCUACUACUGACAUUUUAUAGUAACUGCUACCACUGGCAUGUUUUACAGUAACUGUUACCACUGACAUGUUUUACAGUAACUGCUACCACUGACAUGAUUUACAGUAACUGCUACUACUGACAUGUUUUACAGUAACCACACUCUCAUGUAGAACUAUUUUCUAUCCAUUUGUUUUAAGCCAAAGUUGCAAACUCUAACCAAUUAAUAGGUUCCAGUUAAUUGAAUUCAUUUUGUCUGUAUUUGUUGCUAUGUGAGAUGACUUAUCCUUACUAAACUGAAUGAAUUGUGUGCAUUGGGAUCAUAUAGGCCAUGCCCGGAUCAAAACAUGUUUUUUUUUCAGAUGUGUAUUUUUAGCUUGGUGUCAUUAGAUCAAUUGUGAUCUCUUAGUAUUUAGGAAAAUACAUUUUAUUUUAAUGCACUCUUACUUUGAGAUUAAGUUUCUGAUUAAAUUAUAAUAAACCAUAGUCGAGUUUUCCUAAAAUCUCUCCACAAGUUUCAAGCUGACAACAUUCAUUGGAAAAUACUUUUGAAAACAUGAGUCCAAAAAUGUGAAUAAUUUCUAGUUAAUCAAGGGAUGGAUGUAGUCAACAAUGGCCAGCUGUUUUAUCAGCUGUUAACCCCAUUCUUCCUGUACCUGGUCUUGAUCUGUCCUGUAAACUGUAAACAACAUUACUAAGUCUGUUAGGUAGCCAUUUGUGGAUCCCCAACAUUUUCUUCUGGAGUUGACCGUUCAAUACACAUUUGGCACCAAAAAUGUUUAGAGUAAAGAGGGAAAAAAUAUAUUCUCAAAUGCCUUGAAAAUGCCAUUUUAUAAAAAAAAAAUCUAGGUCAUUAUGAUAAGUUAUUUUGGUAUUCGCAUUCUUAAUAAGUCUUUAGUCAGAAUUGGGGGGCUUGGGUAGGGGGGCACUGUCAAAUUAGAAAGUUUUAGUGCGCUUUGAAAGAUAAGUUUUAUAAAAGACAACACACUAUUAAGGACGGGUGUGAUGGGCGGAAUCUGGGGAGUUAACCCUGGGUAAGAUUUAGUCAAGGUACACAGAUUUAGUCAAGGUACACAGAUUUAGUCAAGGUACACAGAUUUAGUCAAAGAUUUAGUCAAGAUACACAGAUUUAGUCAAAGAUUUAGUCAAGGUACACAGAUUUAGUCAAAGAUUUAGUCAAGAUACACAGAUUUAGUCAAGGUACACAGAUUUAGUCAAGGUACACAGAUUUAGCCAAGGCACACAGAUUUAGUCAAGGUACACAGAUUUAGUCAAGGUAAACAGAUUUAGCCAAGGUACACAGAUUUAGUCAAGGUACACAGAUUUAGCCAAGGUACACAGAUUUAGUCAAGGUACACAGAUUUAGUCAAGGUACACAGAUUUAGUCAAGGUACACAGUUUAGUCAAGGUACACCACAGGUAGUUUUGCUUGGUGCACACAUUUUCAAUUAAGAUUGAUUCUAUGUUCUGAAGAACAUUGCGCUUGCAAAACUAUUUGAAUUCAAUUUUUCAACAAAGAUUAGCUGUUCAAUGCAAUAAUAUCUUUCAAUAGACAGAAAUAAGAGUUGUACCAUUGUAAGAAACUAUUGGCUAGAACUAGACAAAACUUGGUACGCGCACACUUGAAAAUCUAAAGAGAAAAACUGGAGUGUUGUUAACUCAUAAUAUCACUUUAGGGGAGGAGGGGUAGUCCUUAGAACAAUUUUACUUAUUUAAGCUUUAUAAAUAACAGGAGUCUGAGUUAACAGUGUCAGGCUCUACGUGAAUUGAUAUAUGUAAGCCAAACUAGGUUGACAUGCUCUUUAUAGUCCAUAUUAAAAUAGCGUUGAAACUUCUUGAAGGUCUACCUUCCAUGUUCAAUUUUUUAAAUAAGCAUUUUAAGAUUAUAUAAAUAUACUUUUACUGUAUCUACAAUUCUCUAUGAUGUUCCUCUAAUGUAAAAUGAAAUUAGAAUUAAAGCUAAAAAAAAAAAAAGGUCAUAAAAAUUAAAAAAUUGAAUCCCUUUAAAUAGCCAAAGCUCUCCAUGAAGGCUGAGGUUGCAAUGCAAGCUUCUACUUCAAUUGUUGCAUCAAGGCCAAAGUUGGCAAACAGAACUUUCAUAACACCUUUGAUAAUAUAAGUGGAUUUUAGACUAAUAAUAGCUUAUCGUUUCAGACGUGGGCCCAAAUUAUAUUAUCUUAAAUAAUAAGCAGUAUCCUUGUUGUUUUGCAACCUAUUUUAAGUUUUAAAAUAAAUUUUGUUCAUUUUCAAACCUUAAUUACUCACUCCUGUAAAAUUUUAAUGAUUGUCCUUUUGGCGCCUGGGCCUCCAUUAGUAAAAAUGUAUUAGUCAACAUCUUUGGCAAAUGUCAUCCAAUUUUAAUUGGCUAAAUUUAAGAAUUAAACUUGAAUGUUUUAAUAACCCUGAUGUCAGCUAUAACCAAAUUGGAACGCCUUCCUGCAGGGGAUACUAUUUUAGUUUAAUAGAUAAACGUCCAUAGCCUUGGCAUUGGGGAUUAUGGUUUUUAAAAAGACAUUUUUUAAAAGCAAGAUUGGUCUUUUAACUGUGUCCUUUUGUUUAAUUGGCCCUGCUUGAAAAUUAACUGAAACAGGCAGGGCCAAAAUUUCCAAUAAUUACACGAGUUUUUAAAAACCGGAUUUUUUUAUAGGAAAUUAAAUAAUUUUUUGAUUAGUGUGCUGAUAGUAUUUUAGAAAGCAAACCCGAGCAUUGCCAGGUAAUAUCAUCUAGUAAAAAAAAAUAUGUAUACCUUCAUGUUUCGUUUCUACCAGACCGUAGUGGUUUGGGGGGGGGGGGCACCUGUUGUUAUUUGAAUUGACCAGUUUUAUCAAAAUAAGAGAUUAUAGAAAAAAAAAAAUUAUUUUUGGGUCACAAUAAUAAUUAUGAACUGAAAGUCUCAUUUAUAGAAUGGCUAAGUCAAAGGGGGAUAAUGGAUUUGUAAACAAAUCUUGUUUGUUUUUAAAUACUUGCUUCCCUUUACUUUGUGUAGUUUAAGCAAAAUUUGAAAAGGAAAAUAAAUGUGGAUUCUAAUUAUUUAUAAAAUGUUUUUAUUAAUAUUUAGUCUAUUAUUAUAAUUCAUUUAAAUACAGGAAACAAAUAUUAAAUCACAAAAUUGUACCAAUAGAUUUAUAUUAUAAAUUGUGUUUUUGAGUAGACUAAUCCCAUUUCUCCGUUUGACCUAUAUUAUUAAGUUAAUUAUUGCGUAAUCCCAAUACUAUGUAUGACCUGUAUCAUUAACUUUAUUAUUGGGUAAUCCCAUUGCUCAAACCACCUCAGCUGAUCUCCUGAAACAAGCAGCAGAGCUGACCUUUAACCUCAUGUACUCUGACGAGGAUGAAACUCACUUUUGUGCCUUCUUUGCCGAAGAUCCAGAUUUUGUUGUUGCUGCUGUGGAAGCCUCAAAGGAACUCGGGUAAAAUUCUAUAAAUCUUAAAUUUUUUUGUAACAGCAGUUAAAACAGAGAAACUCUUACAGAGUGCAUUUUCGUUAAACAAAACAGUGUUGACCAUUACAGUACAAAACACCAACAUUUUAUUAUAGUGAUUUGUCAAAUGCCUCAAAUAAGCCAAAUGAUCAACCUUAUGGUAUAUAUAUAUAGACUAAAUGUAAUAGGGCUGGCUUAUGGUAUAUAUGAACUAAAUGUAAUAGGGCUGGCUUAUGGUAUAUAUAUAUAUAGACUAAAUGUAACAGGGCUGGCUUAUGGUAUAUAUAUAUAGACUAAAUGUAAUAGGGCUGGCUUAUGGUAUAUAUAUAUAGACUAAAUGUAAUAGGGCUGGCUUAUGGCAUAUAUAUAUAGAAUAAAUGUAAUAGGGCUGGCUUAUGGUAUAUAAUAUAUAUAAACUAAAUAUAAUAGGGAUGGCUUAUGUUAUAUAUAUAUAUAGAAUAAAUGUAACAGAGCUGGCUUAUGGUAUAUAUAUAUAGACUAAAUGUAAUAGGGCUGGCUUAUGGUAUAUAUAUAUAGACUAAAUGUAAUAGGGCUGGCUUAUGGCAUAUAUAUAUAGACUAAAUGUAAUAGGGCUGGCUUAUGGUAUAUAUAUAUAGACUAAAUGUAAUAGGGCUGGCUUAUGGUAUAUAUAUAGACUAAAUGUAAUAGGGCUGGCUUAUGGUAUAUAUAUAGACUAAAUGUAAGAGGGCUGGCUUAUGGUAUAUAUAUAGACUAAAUGUAAUAGGGCUGGCUUAUGGUAUAUAUAUAGACUAAAUGUAAUAGGGCUGGCUUAUGGUAUAUACAUAGACUAAAUGUAAUAGGGCUGGCUUAUGGUAUAUAUGAACUAAAUGUUGGAUUGCUGGCUUGACUUACUGGAAGAGGGCUGGACUGUGACUGUGAUAAAAAUUAAGUAGAUAAAAGAUGCAUCCAACUUUCGUACCUAAACAUAUUUAUGCUUUAUUAAACUGACACAUUACACAAAUAGACAUUUCAGCAAGAAGUAGAAAGAAAGUAUAUCCAUGGAAAUGAAAUUCGACAUAACGUUAAAAUGAACAUUAAGCAUCAUGUAAAAAUGACCCUUUAAAAAUAACAUAAAAAUGACCCAUUAACAUAACAUAAAAGUGAUCAAUUUUCCGCCGACAAAAUUUCUUUCAACAAAUUUCCUGUAAUCGUUAAAAAAAUAACAGAAAAGUUAAUUUAACACCGGCUUUAUACUUUCCUCCUUGUUUUACUCAAAGUAAAGAUGACUAUUUACAAUCUUUUUAGUUUCUAUUAUACAUCCUCAUACACCCCCUCACCCCAAGUCCCCAAUACCUCCCCAAUGCCAAUCAUUUAAAAAUUCAGUUUUACUCAAUACAAAAAAAUAAAAAAAGAAUGUCUUUGAUAUACUUAACAAAUUAUGUCUUUAAAUGUCUAUUCAACAAAAAAAUGUCUAUUCAUCAAACAAAUAAUAUCUUUUGAACUAAUAAAUUCAUUUAGAAUUAAAUUAUUUGAUGGAAAUGUACCUGACCUCCAUCACUUAAGCGAGUUAUCGCAUUGUACUUGACCUCCAUGACUUAUAUUAACCCAGUUAGUUUCAACAUCUGUACAGCUAUGAACAUGAGUUACCUGGCCAGAACUAUCUCAUGGAAGUGUUCCAUUGUUUUACAACCUAUCAGGCUGGGAUGUUGGUGUUAGGUGAGUUAUUGUUGGAUGUUUGAUGUUAAGUGAAUUAUUGUUAGAUGUUGGUGUUAGAAGAGUUAUUGUUGGAUUUUUGGUGUUAUGCGAGUUAUUGCUGGUGUUAAGUGAGUUAUUUUUGAAUGUUUGUUGCUAGGUGAGUUAUUGUUGGAUGUUUGGUGCUACGUGAAUUAUUCUUGUUGCUAGGUGAGUUAUUGUUGGUGUUAAGUCAAUUAUUGUUGGAUGUUGGUUUUAUUUGAGUGAAAGAGUUAUUGCUGGAUGUUGGUGUCAAGUGAGUUAUUGUUGAAUGUUGGUGUCAAGUGAGUUAUUGUUGAAUGUUGGUGUUAAGUGAGUUAUUGCUGGAUGUUGGUGUUAAGUGAGUUAUUGUUGAAUGUUGUGUUAAGUGAGUUAUUGUUGAAUGUUGGUGUUAAGUGAGUUAUUUUUGAAUGUUGGUGUUAAGUGAGUUAUUUUUGAAUGUUGGUGUUAAGUGAGUUAUUGUUGAAUGUUGGUGUUAAGUGAGUUAUUGUUGAAUGUUGGUGUUAAGUGAGUUAUUUUUGAAUGUUGGUGUUAAGUGAGUUAUUUUUGAAUGUUGGUGUUAAGUGAGUUAUUGUUGAAUGUUGGUGUUAAGUGAGUUAUUGUUGAAUGUUGGUGUUAAGUGAGUUAUUUUUGAAUGUUGGUGUUAAGUGAGUUAUUUUUGAAUGUUGGUGUUAAGUGAGUUAUUGUUGAAUGUUGGUGUUAAGUGAGUUAUUGUUGAAUGUUGGUGUUAAGUGAGUUAUUUUUGAAUGUUGGUGUUAAGUGAGUUAUUUUUGAAUGUUGGUGUUAAGUGAGUUAUUGUUGAAUGUUGGUGUUAAGUGAGUUAUUGUUGAAUGUUGGUGUUAAGUGAGUUAUUGUUGAAUGUUGUGUUAAGUGAGUUAUUGUUGGAUGUUGUGUUAAGUGAGUUAUUGUUGAAUGUUGUGUUAAGUGAGUUAUUGUUGAAUGUUGGUGUUAAGUGAGUUAUUGUUGAAUGUUGUGUUAAGUGAGUUAUUGUUGGAUGUUGUGUUAAGUGAGUUAUUGUUGAAUGUUGUGUUAAGUGAUUUAUUUUUUAAUGUUGGUAUUAAGUGAGUUAUUUUUGAAUGUUGGUGUUAAGUGAGUUAUUGUUGAAUGUUUGUGUUAAGUGAGUUAUUGUUGAAUGUUGGUGUUAAGUGAGUUAUUGUUGAAUGUUGGUGUCAAGUGAGUUAUUGUUGAAUGUUGUGUUAAGUGAGUUAUUGUUGGAUGUUGUGUUAAGUGAGUUAUUGUUGAAUGUUGUGUUAAGUGAGUUAUUGUUGGAUGUUGUGUUAAGUGAGUUAUUGUUGAAUGUUGUGUUAAGUGAGUUAUUGUUGAAUGUUGUGUUAAGUGAGUUAUUGUUGAAUGUUGUGUUAAGUGAGUUAUUGUUGGAUGUUGUGUUUAGUGAGUUAUUGUUGAAUGUUGGUGUUAAGUGAGUUAUUGUUGAAUGUUGGUGUUAAGUGAGUUAUUGUUGAAUGUUUGUGUUAAGUGAGUUAUUGUUGAAUGUUGGUGUUAAGUGAGUUAUUUUGGUUUUAGGUGAGUUACUUACAAGUGUACAUACUAUUUAUAACUUGAAGCGUCUUAUCUCUUUAAUGGCCGCAGUGUUUAUUGGUUUGAAUGGACCCGAUGCCAUGGGGUUUUGCUUUGAAGGACAUUUCAUUCAAAAAAUGGUUACAAUAAAGAAGCAUUUCCAUGAAAAAGGUCAAAUGUUAUGACGCAGCACAAAGGUCAAAUUUUGUGAUGCAGCAGAAAGGUCAAAUCGUUGUGACGCAGCACAAAGGUCAAAUAUUGUGACGCAGCACAAAGGUUUGAGAAACUCUGAUGAAGCCUUUUUGUCCGUUUCAGAGAACAACAUGGAACAAAUCUCAGAGACGUGUGGUGCCUACCUCAAGUCAUUGUGUACAAGUUUAAACCUGAGCAGCAGCUGUACCAUCAUCACCACCAUCAUAGCAACGCUUAACCACAUCUUCUGCCGGAACAUCGUCGUUCGGAUCGAACUUAUGGCAUGUAAGACUACCUUAAAUGUUUUGUGUGAUACAAGGAAUGUAAGACUAACUUAUCGUAUGCUAUAUCUGAUAUAAAGGAUCUAAUACUAACUUAUCAUAGGUUAUAUUUGAUACAAAGGAUCUAAGACUAACUUAUCAUUUGCAUAUGGUAUACAAAUUGUAUGGUGUUCAUAUUGUCAAUGACACAAAUGGCAGUUGUUAUCUCUUGUUUAUGACAGAAGUGACAGUUGUCUGUGACAGAAGUAACAGUUGUUAUUGGUUGUCUGUGAAAGAAGUGACAAUAGUUAUUGCUUGUCUGUGACAGAAGUGACAGUUGUUAUUGCUUGUCUGUGACAGAAGUGACAAUUGUUAUUGCUUGUCUGUGACAGAAGUGACAUUUUUUAUCGCUUGUCUGUGACAGAAGUGACAGUUGUUAUUGCUUGCCUGUGACAGUUGUUAUUGCUUGUCUGUGACAGACAUGACAGUUGUUAUUGCUUUUCUGUGACAGAAGUGACAGUUGUUAUUGCUUGUCUGUGACAGAAGUAAGGGUAAAGUCUGGGUACUGUUUCCUCCAUUGCUGUGAUUUCGACCAGAAACAAAAGAUUUGUUUAAAAACUCGUUGAAACUGCUUGUUGUGCAGUGGAUAGAUGAGGAAGUUGACCCCUGAAUUGAGGAGUCCCAGCAUCAUGGCGAGGUUGUAGACCAACUCAGGGACAUAGGUGUUGAGGACGUCAUCAGGCACUGCGUGAAUGACAAACCGUGGAGUCCAGCUGAUGAAGAAAACACCAAACACCGUCAUCAUCAUUUUGGCAGCUCUCCAAUUUUUCUCACUCAAUUUUGGAAGUUUGCUUUGGUUAGAACGGUCAAAAUUGUCAUGAAAAGGCCGCACGGCGUUCAUUUUUUUAAUGGCGAGCCCUUGUCGUCUGGCUAUCCAUGCAAUUUUGAUGUAUAUAAUAAAAAUGGCCAGGCAAGGAAUAAAAUAACAUAGUGUUGCGGCGUAUUUGUAAUAAGAUUUUGGUAGCAUCUUAUUGGCCACACAUUGUGGUGGAGAUGUCUUUGGGGUGUAUAUGAACCAUUGGCAGUUACCAAACGAGAGGCCGAUGGCCCACGGGAGGAUGACGGCCACUCCUGUGACUUGGUUAGUUACGACACGCUGGUACAAGAAAGGAUGGCUGAUAUAGAUGAGUCUGUCCAAGGCCACCAUCAACAUGUUCAGUAUACUCACCACGAUAGCUGAAGAUCCCGCAGAUAUUAUAAGUAUGCACAUGGCCACUGCCUGGUCAAAUUGGUCACGUAUGUCCGGAACAAGCCAUAGACCGUAAGGGAUCAGGACGAGGCCCACCAUGAUGUCUGCUGCAGCCAGAGAUGCCAAAAAGGCAUUUGAUUUAGUCUGUAGAGACCUGACCCGAGCAAUGGUCACUAAAGUUGUUGUGUUGCCAAAUAAGAUAAUCAUUGAUAAGAUGAACGCCCCUGGAGCCAGCCCUGGUACACCGGUGUAGCCACUUGGCUUGUAUGUGGUGCUGCCAUUGCCAGUGUCUGCUGUUGUAAGAGAAGUCAUAGUGUAUGACAAAAAACUCUUCCUGUGCUGAACAUUGAGCUACAUUGACAUCACUGAGAUCGUCAAAAACAAAAGUUAAUUCUUGUAUUUUCUGCUGAGGAAGGCGUUUGGCGAAAUGUCAGUUUAAUUGUCGUGUCUUUUUUUCAAGGCUGAACAUAUCUUGUUCCACUAUUUAUUUAAGUCAUGCCGGCUGCCUGGGAGGCAGCAACAGACAUCCUCAAGUCCACAAAAUGGCACAAAAUUAAACUUCUCACAAACUGGUCUACUUCACUGUGACGAAAGGCAAAAUGUUACUUUUACCUUAGGAGAGCUCAGUGGCGCAUCUGUACAGGAGUAUCCAGUCUGUGGUGUCAUCUGUACAGGAGUAUCCAGUCUGUGGUGUCAUCUGUACAGGACUAUCCAGUCUGAGGUGCUUCUUGGAUGUUGUUUGGACUUUAAAUAAUUAUCUAUUUUGAAACAUUUGACCUUGACCUUACACUAGAGGUCAUAGAAGCUUCUAAGGUUCUUAAGGAGUUGUCCUGACAUGUUUUUGUUUAUGGUUGAAAAAAGUGGGGUGGGUGAGAGAGGAUGCUUUAGUCUGGGUAGGGGAUGUGAUAUGGAUUCUCUUCUUGUCUGAUGAGGUUUUGAAAAUGUUGCCACACACACACACCAGCAAGCAUGCGUGCGCAUACACACACACACUCACAAUCUUAUUCCUUGAAAAAACAUUUUAGAAAUAUUGAAAUGUAGGUUUAUAAAUGUAUUAAUAUUUAUAUAUAAUAGAUUUACUAUAAAUUUUCUUCAAGAUUAUUUUUUGUCUAUGCAUAUUGGAUCCCCACCCCUGGCCACAGAAUAAUUUCUUAUAAUGGUGUUUAUUUUUUUACCAUAAAUGCGAACUAUUAUUGGCUUACUGUCUUCAUUGUACUGUUGGGUACUUUCUAUCUUCAUUGAACUAAUGGGGACUUGAUGUCUUCAUUGUUCUAUUAGGACCUUACUGUCUUCAUUGUACUAUUGAGACCUUACUGUCUUCAUUGUACUAUUGAGACCUUACUGUCUUCAUUGCACUAUUGAGACCUUACUGUCUUCAUUGUAUUGUAGUGACCUUACUGUCUUCAUUGUAUUGUUGUGACCUUACUGUCUUCAUUGUACUAUUGGAACCUUACUGUCUUCAUUUUACUAAUGAGACCUUACUGUCUUCAUUGUACUAUUGAGACCUUACUGUCUUCAUUGCACUGUUGGGACCUUACUGUCUUCAUUGUCCUAUUGAAACCUUACUGUCGUCUUCAUUGUACUAUUCAGUCCUUACUGUCUUCAUUGCACUGUUGGGACUUUAACUGACUUCAUUGUACUAUUGAAACCUUACUGUUGUCUUCCUUGUACUAUUCAGACCUUACUGUCUUUAUUGUACUGUUGAGACCUGCUUUCUUCAUUGUACUGUUGGGAUCUUACUGUCUUCAUUGUACUAUUCAGACCUUACUGUCUUCAUUGCACUAAUGGAUCUUACUGUCUGCAUUGUACUGUUGAAACCUAACUGUCGUCAUUGCACUAAUGAGACACUACUGUCUUCAUUGUACUAUUAGGAUCUUACUGUCUCCAUUGUACUGUUGGGACCUUACUGUCUUCAUUGCACUAUUCAGACCUUACUAUCUUCAUUGUACUGUUGAGUCCUUACUAUCUUCAUUGUACUGUUGAGACCUUACUGUCUUCAUUGCACUUUUGAGGACUAAUUGUCUUCAUGACAUAUCUAAUGUCUGCACAUCUCCUUGGAGAGAUAUGUUCAAUGUUUAGGUUGAUGUUUUUGAAUGUGUUAGUCAUCAUGUGAUCUGCUCCCAAUUAUGAGAUUGUUAACAUGUCAGAUCCCAAUCAUGAGAUUGUUAAGAAGUCAACUCCCAAAUCAUGAGAUUGUUAAGAAGUCAGCUCCCAAUUGUGAAAAUGUUAAGAUGUCAGAUCACAAUCAUGAGAUUGUUAAGAAGUCAGCUCCCAAAUCAUGAGAUUGUUAAGAAGUCAGCUCCCAAUUGUGAGAUUGUUAAGAUGUCAGAUCACAAUGAUGAAAUUGUUAAGAUGUCAACUCCCAAUUGUGAGAUUGUUAAGAUGUCAACUCCCAAUUGUGAAAUUGUUAAGAUGUCAACUCCAAAAUGUGAGAUUGUUGAGAUGUCAGAUCUCUACUAUUAUUAUAGUAGCCAGAAUGAUCAAUUCAUUCAUCUUUUGCCCUCAAAAAAGAAGAAUAGAUAUUAGCUCCCAAUCGUGAGAUUGUUAAGAUGUCAGUUCCCACUUCUGAGAUUGUUAAGAUGUAAGCUCCCAAUUUUGAGAUUGUUGAUGUCAGAUCCCAAUCAUGAGAGUGUUUAGAUGUCUAAAUAAUGGGUGACGGUUAGUCUCAUCAUGCCCACUAAAUGAUUUAUGUCAACUUCCAUUCACCACUAAGCUAGCCACCUAAUCUCACCUGUGUCCCUGGGACCAAUAAGCUUGCUACCUAAUCUCACCUGUGUCCCUGGGACCACUAAGCUUGCCACUUAAUCUCACCUGUGUCCCUGGGACCAAUAAGCUUGCUACCUAAUCUCACCUGUGUCCCUGGGACCAAUAAGCUUGCUACCUAAUCUCACCUGUGUCCCUGGGACCAAUAAGCUUGCUACCUAAUCUCACCUGUGUCCCUGGGACCACUAAGCUUGCUACCUAAUCUCACAUGUGUCCCUGGGACCACAAAGCUUGCCACCUAAUCUCACCUGUGUCCCUGGGACCAAUAAGCUUGCUACCUAAUCUCACCUGUGUCCCUGGGACCAAUAAGCUUGCUACCUAAUCUCACCUGUGUCCCUGGGACCAAUAAGCUUGCUACCUAAUCUCACCUGUGUCCAUGGGACCACUAAGCUUGCCACUUAAUAUCACCUGUGUCCCUGGGACCAAUAAGCUUGCUACCUAAUCUCACCUGUGUCCCUGGGACCACUAAGCUUGCCACUUAAUCUCACCUGUGUCCCUGGGACCACUAUGCUUGCCACUUAAUCUCACGUGUGUCCCUGGGACCACUAUGCUUGCCACUUAAUCUCACCUGUGUCCCUGGGACCACUAAUCUUGCCAUCUAAUCUCACCCGUGUCCCUGUAAGCUGACAAGUUCAGGCGAAUCAAUGUUUGACAUGAACUUAAUGAGGGAGGGUCUUGGUUCAUUUAAUGCUUGGAUUCACUUGAAUAUCUCAGAUAGGUCAGACCUUUCAAACCUUCUUAGAACAAUGAAAUAGUGACCUUUUCAUCACCACUAUGUCUCAUCAAUCUCUCUCACUUCCCCCAACUUCAACCUCUCACUUCUCCCUUCUCUCACUUCUCCCUUCUCUCACAUCUCCAUUCCCUCACUUCUCACUUCUCUCUUCUCUCACUUCUCCAUUCCCUCACUUCUCACUUCCCCUUUCCAUUUAUCAAUUCUCCCUUCUUUCUCUCACACCCCUUUUACAUUUCUCACUUCUACCUUUUCUCAACCCCCCCCUUUCCAACUCUUACAUCUCCCUUUCUUCUCUCACCCCCAUUUUUUUCCAUCUCUCACUUCUCCCAUCCUUCUCUCACCCCCCUUUUCCAUCUCUCACUUCUCCCUUCCAUCUCUAAGCCCCGCUUUACAUCCCUUACUUCUCCCUUCCAUCUCUAAACCCCCAGUCCAUUUCUCACUUCUCCCUUCCUUCUCUCAACCCACCCCCCCCCUUUUCCAUUUCUUUCUUCUACCUUCCUUCUCUACUCCCUUUCCAUCUCUCACUUCUCCCUUCCUUCUCUAAACCCCCCUUUCCAUCUCUCACUUCUCGCUUCCAUCUCUAAACCCCCUUUCAAUCCCUUACUUCUCCCUUCUUUCUCUCACCCUUUUUCCAUUUCUAACUCUUCUCCCUUCUUUCUCUCACCCUUUUUCCAUUUCUAACUCCUCUCCCUUCUUUCUCUCACCCUUUUUCCAUUUCUAACUCUUCUCCCUUCUUUCUCUCACCCUUUUUCCAUUUCUAACUCUUCUCCCUUCUUUCUCUCACCCUUUUUCCAUUUCUAACUCUUCUCCCUUCUUUCUCUCACCCUUUUUCCAUUUCUAACUCUUCUCCCUUCUUUCUCUCACCCUUUUUCCAUUUCUAACUCUUCUCCCUUCUUUCUCUCACCCUUUUUCCAUUUCUAACUCUUCUCCCUUCUUUCUCUCACCCUUUUUCCAUUUCUAACUCUUCUCCCUUCCUUCUCUCACCCACUUUUUCCAUUUCUAACUCUUCUCCCUUCUUUCUCUCACCCUUUUUCCAUUUCUCACUUCUUCCUUCUCUCACCCCCUACGCUUUCCAUCUCCCACUUCUUCCUUCCUACUCUAAACCUUCCUUUACAUUUCUAACUUCCCCCUUCCUUCUCUAAACCCCCUUUCCAUCUCGCACUUCUCCCUUCCUUCUUUAAAUCCCCCUUUCCAUCUCUCACUUCUCCCUUCCGUCUCUAAAAACCCUUUCCAUUUCUCACUUCUCCCAUUUGUCUCUAAAAACCCUUCCCAUUUCUCCCUUCUUUCUCUCACCCUCUUUUCCAUCUCCCACUUCUUCCUUCCUUCUCUAAACCCUCCUUUACAUUUCUAACUUCUCCCUUCCUUCUCGCACCCCGAACUUUUCCACCUCUCACUUCUUCCUUCCUUCUCUAAACCCCUCUUUCCAUCUCUAACGUCUCCCUUCCGUCUUUAAACCCCCUUUCCAUUUCUCCCUUCUCCCUUCCAUCUCUCACUUCUCCCUUCCAUCUCUCACUUCUCCCUUCCAUCUCUCACUUCUUCCUUCCAUCCCUCACUUCUCCCUUCUUUCCCUCACUUCUCCCUUCCAUCUCUUACUUCUCCCUUCCAUCUCUUACUUCUCCCUUCCAUCUCUCACUUCUCCCUUCGUUCUCUUUUAAUUUGGAAGUUUGUAAAGGCCUCAGCCUUUUGUCUUGAGUAUAAAUUGCCACAACUCUCUCUCACUCCACCCACCAAUCUCAAUCCACCAAUCUCCACCCACCAAUCUCCAUCCACCUCUCUCCACCCACCAAUAUUCACCCACUUCUCUCCCCACUAGUACUUUGUGAAUAGAAAUGUAUUCUAAGGGAAUAUAGAUUUUGCAAAGAUAUCUCUAUUACCAAGGUCAUAUCAGUCAGACUUGUUCAAAUAAGGUGUUCACUGUUGGCUUAAGAUGGUGAUGGAGCAGACAAAUUUAUCAAUGUUGCUGAGAGCACCAUUGCUUCAUGGUCCAUUAGUGUCCAAUGGGGGACUGAUUUCUUCAUGGUCCAUUAGUGUCCAAUGGGGGACUGAUUUCUUCAUGGUCCAUUAGUGUCCAAUGGAGGACCAUGUGGAAGAUGAUGAGGUUUUUGUGUGUGUGAAUUGUGUUUGCCAUGCAGUGGAUGGGCCCAGUGAGUAGAGCCAUGUUUGAUAAGAUCUUUAUCAGGACCCAUGUAAAUCAAAUGAUAUACUUAAUUGGAUGAGCCCCAAAUGAAUGGAACAUCUCUAAACUUUGCUAUUUAAACACUUCAAUAAAUGAAGGUUGGCUUGAAUGAAACAGGGCUCUGUUGGUGGGACUGGGUAUUGAUAGGUCAUCACACGACAUAACACAACAUAGCAGAAUCUGUUCACUGCCACGAAUACCACACUGAUGGAAACCUCAUAAACACUGAACUCGAUGACCAAAUAUAUUACUCGAAAUCUGAGAAUCAGCUGCAUCUCUAACACAAACUCUCAGUAACCAUCACAACGAGAACUAACAACAUAUCUCUACGAGAAUUCUCAACAAUUCAUUAAGAAAACUAACACUUCACUACAAGAACUAACAACACUUCACUACAAGAACUAACAACACUUCACUACAAGAACUAACAACACCUCACUAUGAGAACUAACAACACUUCACUAUGAGAACUAACAACACCUCACUACAAGAACUAACAACACUUCACUACAAGAAAUAACAACACCUCACUAUGAGAACUAACAACACUUCACUACAAGAACUAACAACACCUCACUACAAGAACUAACAACACCUCACUAUGAGAACUAACAACACUUCACUAUAAGAACUAACAACACCUCACUACAAGAACUAACAACACUUCACUACAAGAACUAACAACACCUCACUAUGAGAACUAACAACACUUCACUACAAGAACUAACAACACUUCACUACAAGAACUAACAACACUUCACUACAAGAACUAACAACACUUCACUACAAUAAUUAACAACACCUCACUAUGAGAACUAACAACACUUCACUACAAGAAUUAACAACACUUCACUACAAGAACUAACAACACUUCACUAUGAGAACUAACAACACUUCACUACAAGAACUAACAACACCUCACUAUGAGAACUAACAACACUUCACUACAAGAAUUAACAACACUUCACUACAAGAACUAACAACACUUCACUAUGAGAACUAACAACACUUCACUACAAGAACUAACAACACCUCACUAUGAGAACUAACAACACUUCACUACAAGAAUUAACAACACUUCACUACAAGAACUAACAACACUUCACUAUGAGAACUAACAACACUUUACUAUGAGAACUAACAACACUUCACUACAAGAACUAACAACACUUCACUACGAGAACUAACAACACUUCACUAUGAGAACUAACAACACUUCACUACAAGAACUAACAACACCUCACUAUGAGAACUAACAACACUUCACUAUGAGAACUAACAACACCUCACUAUGAGAACUAACAACACCUCACUAAAAGAACUAACAACACCUCACUAUGAGAACUAACAACACCUCACUAAAAGAACUAACAACAGCUCACUAUGAGAACUAACAACACCUCACUAAAAGAACUAACAACACGUCACUACAAGAACUAACAACACUUCACUACAAGAACUAACAACACUUCACUACAAGAAUUAACAACACCUCACUAUGAGAACUAACAACACUUCACUAAAAGAACUAACAACACUUCACUACAAGAACUAACAACACUUCACUACAAGAACUAACAACACUUCACUAUGAGAACUAACAACACUUCACUACAAGAACUAACAACACCUCACUAUGAGAACUAACAACACUUCACUACAAGAACUAACAACACAUCACUAUGAGAACUAACAACACUUCACUACAAGAACUAACAACACCUCACUAUGAGAACUAACAACACUUCACUACAAGAACUAACAACACCUCACUAUGAGAACUAACAACACUUCACUACAAGAAUUAACAACACUUCACUACAAGAACUAACAACACUUCACUACAAGAACUAACAACACUUCACUAUGAGAACUAACAACACUUCACUACAAGGAUUAACAACACCUCACUAUGAGAACUAACAACACUUCACUACAAGAAUUAACAACACCUCACUAUGAGAACUAACAACACUUCACUACAAGAACUAACAACACCUCACUAUAAGAAAUAACAACACUUCACUACAAGAACUAACAACACCUCACUAUGAGAACUAACAACACUUCACUACAAGAACUAACAACACCUCACUAUGAGAACUAACAACACUUCACUACAAGAACUAACAACACUUCACUACAAGAACUAACAACACUUCACUACAAGAACUAACAACACUUCACUACAAUAAUUAACAACACCUCACUAUGAGAACUAACAACACUUCACUACAAGAAUUAACAACACUUCACUACAAGAACUAACAACACUUCACUAUGAGAACUAACAACACUUCACUACAAGAACUAACAACACCUCACUAUGAGAACUAACAACACUUCACUACAAGAAUUAACAACACUUCACUACAAGAACUAACAACACUUCACUAUGAGAACUAACAACACUUUACUAUGAGAACUAACAACACUUCACUACAAGAACUAACAACACUUCACUACGAGAACUAACAACACUUCACUAUGAGAACUAACAACACUUCACUACAAGAACUAACAACACCUCACUAUGAGAACUAACAACACUUCACUAUGAGAACUAACAACACCUCACUAUGAGAACUAACAACACCUCACUAAAAGAACUAACAACACCUCACUAUGAGAACUAACAACACCUCACUAAAAGAACUAACAACAGCUCACUAUGAGAACUAACAACACCUCACUAAAAGAACUAACAACACGUCACUACAAGAACUAACAACACUUCACUACAAGAACUAACAACACUUCACUACAAGAAUUAACAACACUUCACUACAAGAACUAACAACACUUCACUAUGAGAACUAACAACACUUCACUACAAGAACUAACAACACUUCACUACAAGAACUAACAACACUUCACUACAAGAAUUAACAACACCUCACUAUGAGAACUAACAACACUUCACUACAAGAAUUAACAACACUUCACUACAAGAACUAACAACACUUCACUAUGAGAACUAACAACACUUCACUACAAGAACUAACAACACUUCACUAUGAGAACUAACAACACUUCACUACAAGAACUAACAACACUUCACUAUGAGAACUAACAACACCUCACUAAAAGAACUAACAUCAGCUCACUAUGAGAACUAACAACACCUCACUAAAAGAACUAACAACACGUCACUAUGAGAACUAAAAACACGUCACAAUGAAAACUACAGCUUUAUAAUGAAGCUAGUAAAAAAGUUUUAGCUCUCUGAAUUCUUGAUCAAGCUUUCCAUACAUAAUUGAAAUUAACCAACAAAUCAAACAAAUUUUUUUUAAAAAUGGUCAUUGAGAAUAGAUCUUUUAUUGUGAAAGUCUCCAAAACUACAUUAUCAAAAAGAAAUUAAAAACAAUAAAACAGAAUUUCAAUUUGUCCUUUUUUCAUAAAUGAGAAAUAUAUAAUUUUUUUUAAACUCACAAACCGGUCAAGGUGAAGCUAAAUCUUCCUUGGAAUUAAGUUCAAAUAAAUAUAACAAGACAUUUAUUUGAUAUCUCAGAUGGAUGCCAGCAAAUUAAUAUAAGUUGUCUUUUAUUUGAUGUCUAAUAUCUCUAAGACAUUUAUUUGAUGUCUAAUUAAUAUCACUUCUCUUUUAUUUGCUCUAUUUCAGCUCCUAGUUUUGCCCACUGUGUAUUGAAGACGCUGGUCGCGGUCUACCGAAAGCUUGGAUGCUAUAAAGCUAUUGCUUAUCCCAAAGGGGAAGCGACAACUCAUUCUGUCAAUACCUCCAAAACAGCUGCAUCAUCAUGGCAGUGCCGUGAGGACUCUGGGUCUUCGGUCAAACCAAAAGAUGCUGCAUCGUGGUCCGAGAGAGCAGACGCCGCCAGUGCUGCACAGACUUCCGUGUUCCGCACCCCUGACCCGAGCCCGAAACAGAUCCACCGUGCCAAGGAGCUUGAGGUGUCCUGGUCGGAACGCAGAAUGUCGUCCCCGCUGGCCGACGAUGAGUUUGCGGAGGAAACUUGGAAACGUCCAAGAGAGAAGAAAAAGUUGAAGAAAAAAAUAGUUGUUACCAAGGUCAAUGGCAAGGAAGAAAAUAAAGCUGAUAAAAGAGAGAAUGAGGUCACUUACAGCAGUGAGGAGAAAGGUGGCCACGGUCAAGGGGAUGAAGAGACAACAACAGGGUCUGUUGAUAACAGCUCAACAGCUUCCGUUCGUGUCAAGCGGAUCGAGCCACAUGACAGGUUUGACCAAUCAGAAUCCAGGAACUCUAGUGGCUUCUCACCCCAGCAGAACUUUGAAGAAAUGGACACAGAGAAAAGAGAUGAGAUGGACAGCAGUACAGCCACCCGUAGCCAGGGGGGCGGUAUGUCAAACAAGGAGGAAGGUGAACAAAAAGUAGGGCCUUUAGCAGGCAAGGUCAACAAGGAACAGGAAGCUCUGGCCAAAGCCUCAGAUUGUUCUGAUUGGUCCAAUGACCAAUGCAAGAAGUCUGGGCUAAAAAAUGUGCCGAAAUUUGAGAGCAGCAGUGAGGAGGACAACUCUGGUGGCGGCAGUGAUGAUGAUGAUGUCAUGUCUCACAACUCUGACAAGGGUUUUAAUGGAGAAAAAUAUCACAAGCUACUGGUGGCCAUCAAGGAGUUCCUUAGUGAUUACUUAAACAACCUCAGAGAGGUGGGUUAUAUCAUCUUGUCUUGUUUGCAUCAUCUUGUCUUGUCUUGUCUACAUCAUCUUUUCUUGUCUACAUCACCUUGUCUUGUCUAUAUCAUCUUGUCUUGUCUACUUGUUAAAUGGAAUUUAAUUGGAAUAAUCCCGUUGAUAAAAUUAUUGUUAUACUGGUCCUUCAAAUCCAGGGGGUCUCAAACUCAUGGCCCGCGCGUUUAGUGUUAAUGCGGCCCGCGCGUUUUCCCCAUUCUAAUUUCUAAAAUGUGACAGUUUCACUCGAAUCUCACCAACUAGUCUAAUCUGAUUUUUAUUAUCUUUGUAUAGAUUUGGACGUUGAUUAUAAUGGUAAAACCGGUUUUAAAAUCGGACUAAAGGUUUUUAGUUUAUAGCAUUUUAUUAGACAAACAUGACCAAAGUUCUGUUUUGAGAAAGGUUUAAAAGUCAGUUAGAGGGUAAUGCACAACCAUAAUUGUGUCAAUCGUAGCAAUCUGACACAGUAUCAAAGAAUCCCUAUUAAAAUUGCCUCUUGUAUUUAUGCGUGAGGGAAAUUCCGAGCCUGUCAGCUUGGUCACUUUCAAAAUAGCGCUAGUCAAAAACACCUUUUCUGCGAUAAAAAAUCAGAAUUCAUUCUCCCUACAAUAGCAUCUUCCUUCACAUCAAUAAUCCAUAAAUAUUGCCUGCUCCUGCCUACUGCUUGAACACGUUUUAGCAUUUUAAAGCCUUCAUGGAGAAGGAUGGGGUGGUUGUUCCUGUACUAAGUGAUCCCAAAUGGCUCAUGGACUUGGAUUUUCUCGUUGACAUUACAAAUGGAGCUGAAUGUACUCAACAAGAAGUUUAAAAGACCAAGGGUAGCUUGUCAGUGUUGCAUAUGACAAUGUCAGGGAAUUUUGCACAAAACUUGUGUUAUUGUUCUUAGAGAAACCUCUGCCAUUUCCCAACAUGCAAAGUACUCAUGGACUCGGCACACGAUUCAGUAGUAAGUACACUGAUGCCAUUACAGGAAGAAUUUGAUCACAUGUUGCAGACUUCAAAACACACACAGCCACUUUUUAACUUUUUGCUGACCCUGUCUCCUUUAAUGUGGAAGAUUGCCCCCCCCCCCCCCCCCCCCUUUUCUGUUCGCUUCAAAUUCGAGCUAAUUGAUCUUCAGUGCAAUUCUAAGUUCAGGAAGGAGAAAGGAAAAACAGACAAGCACGGAGAAUUUAUGACAGCAUUGCCCUCUACCUUCCCUGAGAUUUUCUGGUUGUUCAAGCGGAUCAUGUGCCUUUUUGGGGAGAACCUAUCUGUGUGAAAAGCUUUUUUUCUACUAUGAACUUUAUCAAGUCAAAGUUCAGUGCCAAACUUACUGAUGAGCAUCUUCAAGCUAUACUGAGGGUCUCCGUUGCUUCCUCACUCAAGCCAAAUGUUGCUCAGCUGUGUAAGAAGAAGCUCUGCCAGGUCUAUGGCAACAAGGAGUUGGAGGAAGAAAGUGUAUUUCUUGAGAACCCUUGAUGUUUUUAUUUGUUAUUGAUAAAGGUUGAGCACAUUGUAACUGUUGUACUUUAGUGAAUUUGUUAUUGCCUUUCUGUGGAAUAAUUGAUGCGGCCCAGUCUCACUCAGACUCUACCUCCUGCGGCCCACGGAUUAUUUGAGUUUGAGACCCCUGUUAUAACCAAUUACUUGAACAUUGCGCACCAUUACUUCAAGAUUACUAGACAUUAUUUGAGUAAUCCUCACUUUUGUUUGUGUACAGGCAAAUUUUGAUUUACGAAUCAGUUCCAUUCCUAGAGUUUUGUCAUUAUGCACUAUUUCCACAUAUGAUGUGAUCAUAAAUGUUUGCUGUCAUUUAACAUGUGUCCAUUUGACUGUAACAAAAUGGCCUGAACAUGAAGUCAAGUUGCUGUUUUGGUGUUUUGUUUAUAAUGUAUAAAUUUUAAUUGACUAAGAAUUUUCUUCUCAAUACCUUAAAAUUGUCAUGUUUGUGGCACUUCUAACAAGAUUCAUAAAUCAAAUGUUCAUUAAUCAAAUGUUCUAAAAUCAAAUGUUCAUAAAUCAAGUACUGGUACUGCCUGUAUUCCUCUCCAUUACUCUAAACGCCAAACUGUUAAUCUCUCCCUCAGACUCUCCUCACAGACACAGGCAGUCCCUACAUCUCUGACCUCAUGACCUACUUGAACAGCCAGUGCAGCAGCACCGAGAUCCGAGCUGUUGUCAAAUGUGUGGGCAGCGAUACCGACCUGAGCAAACCACUGGGCAGACUGCUGCAAUUGUCUGAUCAUUUCAAGGCCUGGCAUUUAAAGUCUGUCAUUCUUAAGGCAUUGACCCCUGGCUCCUGAGCAGAGGUUCUCAUGGUUUAGCAUUAAAUCUCAUUUCAUGGUCCCCAAACUGCUGGACAGAGCCUUCAGUUGUGAAAGUGAAUGUCCCCCAAUAGUAUUCUCUUACCAGCAUCCUCUGGAAACCACCAUGACAUUGUCACAUCCACAAACAAAUACAUCACAAAUUUAUUCCAAAAAUAGAUAAAAGACACGCAAUAUUUCUAAAGGGCAUUUUUAAAAAAUUGGUUAUUGUCUAACAAGUGAGGGAAAAAGGGUACAAAUAUUUUUCUGGACAAUGAAAACAGAUAAUUGUAAAACAGUGAAGUGUCCUUAUGGUAAUCACACAACUUGGUGGUCACUCCUGCUGGGAGCCAGUUUGUCAUGUUGAGGCAAUAUUAUAUUACAGCGAUUUUGUUUUUAUGGCAUUGAUUGAUUGAACACUUAACAUUGGUUGAACACUUAACAUUGGUUGAACACUGGAUUAUUGUUCCAGUGUGGAAAGACUCUUUGUUACAGGGGGAGUAACUUGCUCAAAUAAAGCGUUACAUUUUGAAAAUUAUUA